UAAUCUGUCUGUCUAUCUAUCCAUCUAUAUCUCUCUAUCUCUCUCUCUCUCUCCCUAUCUAUCUACCUACCUUUAAUCUGUCUGUCUAUCUAUCUAUCUAUCUAUCUAUCUAUCUAUAUCUCUCUAUCUCUCUCUCUCUCUCCCUAUCUAUCUACCUACCUUUAAUCUGUCUGUCUAUCUAUCUAUCUAUCUAUCUAUCUAUCUAUCUAUAUCUCUCUAUCUCUCUCUCUCUCCCUAUCUAUCUACCUACCUUUAAUCUAUCUGUCUGUCUAUCUAUCUAUGUUCAGUUGUACUAUUUAUUUUGAUAGAAUGAUACACAUCCAGUGAAAACUAUUUUUGUCAGUAAAAUUAAUCUGGUCUAUAUCUAACGCUAUGAAACAGUUGCCUUUGGUUGGCUGAUGUAGAAUUUGUUACAUUUGUUGCGAUUCUUGCAAAGAGUUUAGUAAUGAACGUGUGACCGUGUUUGUAAGAGAUGUAUCCUGUAUAAAUCGGAUAUAAAUGGUAGCAUUCAGAAUGCCAUCUAUAACUGAUUCGGUAUGGACUGUUAUGGGGAUAAAUGUUUAUUUAAAUCUUGAAGUAUAUGGAUAUUUGCUACGUUUGCCAAAACACAAAUUAAAACAAAUAUUUAUGGCUAAGGCCUUGCUUGCUGCUUAUACAUUGUAUCACAUUAUGGGAAGGGAGAUGGGGGGAGGGGGGAGUUAGGGGGGAGGUGGAGAAGGGGUUCCUCGUGUGUGAUCAAAUGAAUAACAGAAUUCAGGAUCACGCGUAUUGUUUGUAAUGAUGUACCAAGACAGCCGAUGCUGUGAUGUGAUCCGGUGGGAUGCAUUCAUUAUAAUGAAGGGUUUCCAUUUUGAUCUAGUUUGUGUGUAGCUACUAAAUGGCCACGGAGAUGUUUCUGGACUUAAACUCCCAUCACACCAAGCCGGUACGCCCCCAACAAACUGCUGGCUGAAGGUCAUGGGAUGCGGAAUUCGGCAACUGUUACAAAAAACCUGCCUGAUUGUUUCCAUGGAGAUUACCAAAUGAUGUAAUCCUUACAUCCAGUGCUACAAGUUCGCUGUAUAUUUAUUAUUUCUCAUUACAACCUGUGUGGAUCUAGAUGAAACAUACCUUAUGUCUGUAUAGUUUGGAGUAUAAUUGUGUACAUCUAGUCUGGGACACCUUGUGUCAGUCUUACUGGUGUACACGCUGUGUGGUUCUAGGUGAAUACAUUAUGUCAGUCUAAUUGGUGUACACUCUGAGUGGUUCUAGGUGAAUACCUUGUGUGAGUCUAAUUGGUGUACAUGCUGUGUGUUUCUAGGUGAAUACUUUAUGUCAGUCUAACUGGUGUACACUCUGUGUGGUUCUAGGUAAAUACAUUGUGUCAGUCUAACUGGUGUACACUCUGUGUGGUUCUAGGUGAAUACAUUGUGUCAGUCUAACUGGUGUACACUCUGUGUGGUUCUAGGUGAAUACCUUGUGUCAUUCGGGUUGGAUUGACAUACCAGCAGGAUCAGUAUACCUUGUGUCACUUUAGUUGGGGAAUACUUAUUUAUAAUUAGUUGUGUGAUAGCUUGUCCAUAUCUUGUUGGAUAUAUUUUAUUCAUCUUGUUAAAGGAUACCCCUUUUCUACCCAGUUGGAGUAUACCUUGAGUGGAGAUACAGGAGUAUAACUUGUGUGGGGCUAGUUGGAGUAUACUUUGUGUGGAGCUAUAGGAGUAUACCUUGUGUGGAGUUAUAAAAGUACACCUUGUAUGAAGCUAUAUGUAGUUAGUUGGAGUAUACCUUGUGGAGCUAGUUGGAGUGUACCUUGUAUUGAAAAAUAUGUGUUGAGUUAGUAGGAGUAUACCUUGUGGAGCUAUAGGAGUAUACCUUGUGUGGAGCUUGUUGGAGUAUACCUUGUGUGGAGUUAUAAAAGUACACCUUGUAUGGAGCUAUAUGUAGUUAGUUGGAGUAUACCUUGUGGAGCUAGUUGGAGUGUACCUUGUAUUGAAAAAUAUGUGUUGAGUUAGUAGGAGUAUACUUUGUGGAGCUAUAGGAGUAUACCUUGUGUGGAGCUUGUUGGAGUAUACCUUGUGUGGAGCUAUAUAUGGUGAGUUAGUUGGAGUAUACCUUGUUGAGCUAGUAGGGGUAUACCUUGUGCGGAUCUUGUUGGAGUAUACCAUGUGUGGAGCUGUAGGCAUAGAAUAAUUGAAAUAUACCCUGUCUCAGUGCAUCUGGAGAAUGUAUUGUGUUUCUCUUUGAGAAGAUUUGGGGUAUUUUCUAUAAACAGUUUGGUGGGCUGAGCUCGCAGACUUUGAGGAUGUUUUUGUGACAGAGAUUAACUUUGUGUAUUAAAGCUCCUUGAAUUAUAUCUAAAUCUUAUUGUGGAUUUGGUUCAAUGUAUAUGUCAGUUAGUUUGACACAAAGGCUUUGUGAUCUAGAAGCAAAUUAAACAACUUGUGUCUCUAAACUACUGUUUCUUUUUUCACAAUCAUGUACAUAUUUUAUCAGUUUCAUGAACAGAAAGGGAAAUCUCACAAUGCAGUUAUUUUAAAUUUAGCAGAUGGCAUAACAUCACCACAAUAUAUGAACAAUAUAUACCAUAGAUAGUCCAACAGGCCCUGUUGCAUCUCAUUGCGCACGAAAAACCCAUUUUGUAGAGUGGAUCUCAAAGAUGGAACCUCCUGUAAUUUUCUUUAUCAAACUUGUAACUUAACCUUAACAUGGGUCAUUGUCACAAAAUGGCCUGAGUCCAACCUUAACACGGGUCAUUGUCACAAAAUGGCCUGAGCCCAACCUUACCAUGGGUCAUUGUCACAAUAUGGCCUGAGCCCAGCCUUAACACGGGUCAUUGUCAUAAUAUGGCCUGAGCCCAACCUUAACACGGGUCAUUGUCACAAUAUGGCCUGAGCCCAGCCUUAACACGGGUCAUUGUCACAAUAUGGCCCGAGUCCAACCUUAACACGGGUCAUUGUCACAAAAUAACCUGAGCCCAACCUUAACACGGGUCAUUGUCACAAAAUGGCCUGAGCCCAGCCUUAACAUGGGUCAUUGUCACAAUAUGGCCUAAACCCAAACUUAACACGGGUCAUUGUCACAAUAUGGCCUGAGCCCAACCUUAACAUGGGUCAUUGUCACAAUAUGGCCUGAGCCCAGCCUUAACAUGGGUCAUUGUCACAAUAUAGCCUGAGCCCAGCCUUAACACGGGUCAUUGUCACAAUAUGGCCUGAGCCCAACCUUAACAUGGGUCAUUGUCACAAUAUGGCCUGAGCCCAGCCUUGACAUGGGUCAUUGUCACAAUAUAGCUUGAGCCCAGCCUUAACACGGGUCAUUGUCACAAUAUAGCCUGAGCCCAGCCUUAACACGGGUCAUUGUCACAAUAAAGCGUGAGCCCAGGCUUAACAUGGGUCAUUGCCACAAUAUGGCCUGAGCCCAGCCUUAACACGGUCAUUGUCACAAUAUGGCCUGAGCCCAGCCUUAACACGGUCAUUGUCACAAUAUAGCUUGAGCCCAGCCUUAACAUGGGUCCCACAUCUGAUGCUCGCCUCCAAGACUUCUCCAGGGCUGUACCUUUUCUGUGGAACUCCCUUCCCUUCUCUGUUAGACUUUCACCCAGUCUCCACUCCUUAAAAAAAUCUUUGAAAACACACUUCUUCAGGAAAGCAUAUCAUUUAAACUGUUAGCAGGUUUUCAUCGCCCCGCACCCCCAUGACUCCUCUCCUGCAACUGUCAAAAAUAACCUACUAAGUUCUCAGUGAUUACUUUUCUAGCAACCUAUUUCAUUGCCCCUACUUAUACCCUUUGUGUCACUAUACCCUACUCCCCCUAGCAAGUAAGCUCAUUGAGCAGGGCCCUCAACCUCUCUGUUCCUGUGCGUCCAUUUGUCUGGUUCCAAUUACAUGUCUGUUAGUCCACCCAUUGUACAGCGCUACGGAAUUUGCUGGCGCUAUAAACAAUAAAAUAAUAAUAAUAAUAAUAAUAAUUAUGGCAAGGGGCAACAACAGGCUACCCCCUCUCUCCCUCCCCAUAGGCAUCUCUCCAUGUCUCCUUCUCUCUAGUUCUUCAUUCCCCUCUCUCUCCAUCUUUCUGUUUUUUGCUGUUUAACUCUCUGUUUUUUUCUUUUUGUAACUUUAUCUGGGUAUUUGUUUCUUAGUUUCUUCCAUAUUAUUUCUCCCUCUCUAGUCUAUUCUUUCCUCUGUUCACUCCCCCCUCUCCCAUUUUACUGUGUACAUCUUUAUGUCCGAGUUUGAUGCAAUCCAUCCCAUUACCCUCAGCUAACCCAAACCUAGCUGAGUGUGCUGUGAGUGGCAGUCCAGGGAGAUUUAUUGGGCUAUCCCUUGCCAUGUUUCCUACUGUCUUCUCCUGUCACCCGAGAGUCCCAUGGCCUCUGAGCACAAUAGAAAGUUUAUGUUGGGAACAAAGAUUGCGAUCUGAUCUGAUGUGAGUUCAGCUCUGCCAAUUCUCCCCAGACCAGGAAAUUGACAGCUACAGGUGCAGAGAACACACACAGAAAGCUGGGGGCCUCCAUGGGCUCAUGGAAAAGCUGAUCCCUUCAUAUUCAGGCAGCAGAUUCUAUACUAUGGCAGAUAAUUCUAUCUCACAUAUAAUGGACUCCACCACCCCCACAGAGUGCAAGCUCUUUGGACCAAAGUCUGGUAAUUAUCAUGUAGUUGUCAAACUACAGCUUUAAUCGAUUUUUACAUUUUAUUUUCGUUUAAAAUCAUUCGCUAAACAACGAAUUGUGACGGUUUGACACCCGUCGUAAAAAAUAUGGUACAAAAUAAAAUAAAAACAAAUCUUCAAUUUUAGUCGCAUUGAAAAACUUGUGAACUCACCGUUAAGUAAAUAAAUUCUUGUAUUACCGGUAAAAUAAUGCAAUGCUUCUGUAAUUAGAAAUAUUUUUAAUGAAUUAAUUUUAGCAAAUAAAUCGGAUGAACAGGGAAAUAAAUCUAAGAUUCUAUGUUCAGUGGCAUUCGGGAAAUAAUGUAAUAUGUUGUAAAACUAAUUUGAACCCACUUACAUCUUUCAUUUUCUGGAUUAUUAACAGUUUUAAUUCAGAAUUAGCGAAAUGAGUUCUCAUUUUUUAAUGAAUGAUAAUUUAAUGGAGCUUUAAGCAUUAAUCAAGGUUCAUUUAAAUGAUUUUUUCGACGUGUAUAAUAAAGUAUUAUUUAAUCAGAGUGAAUGCACAUUAAUUACCAGGAACAUGUGAAAUUGGAGAAACUUGGACAUUAUAAAAAGGGCAUUUAUUCACUAAAUUCACACAAAAAUAACGAAUUUAAAAAAAAAAGAAAUACAUCUGAACUUUUUCUCUAAUUUGCCUUUUUUUUUGUUGUUAAAACAAAUCCACUUGUCAUUUCUCCACAAUGGAAAAAAAUGUAAUUAAAGUCCAUAGAAUUCCAAAGACAGAAGCCUAUCGAAUGUAAUAGUACAUUGGCUGAUAACCUGCAAUGAUUUUACUGUCAGAAGCCAUGCUAGGGUGUUAGAGGACAAGGGUUUGAUAACUGAUCCUAAGAGAUAUUAAUAGGGUCUUAUUACAGAAACUGGCACUAGAGGGUCAUGUAUUAAAAAUAGAUAUCACCGAAUCCAUUUUCCACUUUAUGCAAUAAGUGCUCGAAACACAGAUCGAUGGAUAAAUACAAUAAUGUGUAAUCCCUAUGAAAUGUAUAUACAGUUUAGAAUAAUAAUUUUUUUUCAUUUUCCUUUCCAUAUAUGUAAUACAUAAAAGUUCACCUUAUAUUAUGGGGACAUAAAUCUGAUAUAAACACUCAUAAGGAUUUUAUAUAUAUAAUAAUAUCAUUUUAACAUAAUAAUAAUAAUAAAAUAAUAUACACAUCACUUACACAAACAUAUAUAUAUAUUGUAAUCAAUAUGCUAUUAAUACUAACUAAUAAUAAUAAUAAUAGUAAUAAUAGUAAUAAUAAUAAUAAUAAUAAUAGUAAUAAUAGUAAUUAUUAUUAUUAUUAUAUAUUAAUAAUCGUAUUAUUAUGAUCCAGACACCCGGAUUUUUUGUAACUCUCUGUUUCACAUGAUAUGUAUCAAACAGAACGCGAUCUAUGAUAUCAAUGUGUAUAAACAUAAUAUCUAUACAUUACACAGAUACAUGUAGCAUUGUUUGUCUUUGCAUAGAUUCAUACAUGGAAUGUCCUGUCUUUGAGACUUGUCUGCAUGUAUUUGUAUUCGUGUUCUAUGGUUUUCUGGUUUCUAUUUGUACUAGAAACGAUAGAUAGACCGUUAUUAUUCUAUUUUACCUAAUUUAGAGAACGUUCUGUAAUUUACUUAAAUCUAUGACAACAAAUUUAUCCAGAUAGCGUCCUGUAGUUCUCACAUAGAAAUGAGAACGAGAAAUGAGAACGCAUUCAUACAGAGGAAGUUCAGAAUAUGUCCUGUAAUUGCCCAAUGUGUGUGUGUGUGUGUGUGUGUGUGUGUGUGUGUGUGUGUGUGUGUGUGUGUGUGUGUGUGUGUGUGUGUGUGUGUGUGUGUGUGUGUGUGUGUGUGUGUGUGUGUGUGUGUGUGUGUGUGUGUGUGUGUGUGUGUGUGUGUGUGUGUAGAGAGAGAGAGAGAGAGAGACGUUGAAUGCCAUUUUUUGCAAAUUAUCGAUGUAUUGUUAGAGAAAGCGGUUUAUGACUUUCCGCAUAUUAAACAGAAUAUUACACAUCCAUUAAUGUAUGCACAUCACAUUCUAUGACUGUCUGCAUAUUAUAUCUUCAUUAAUGCACAGCUCGCUGACCUGUCUGUACGUUAUUAUAUCCUAGUAAAAAAAUAAAAAUAAAAAAAACAAUCUUAGAAUAUCCACGUUUAAUAUCUUGGAGAUAUGUGAUCCUGCAUGAUCUGUCUGCAAUUUAUACAUCCAGCAAUAGCUUUGUGUUCUAUAAAUUGUUUGUGUAGAUGGAGCAAGAAAGAGAGAGAGACAGACAGACAGACAGACAGACAGUCAGAUACAUAAAGAAAUUCAAACUCUCAGAAACCUGCAAAUUACUUAAACAAAGACAAUUGUUAAAAACAAUGAGUGAAUUUGUUUGUGUUUGUGUGUGUUUGUGUGUGUCUGGCUGUCUGCUAGUCAGUCUGAUGUCUGGGCUUUGCAUUUAAAACACAGAUUAAGGAAUAGCUCACAAACAAAAUGUUUUAAAUUUUAUGAGGCUACUUAAAAUUUCCUAUCUCAGCAAAACAUAUAUGGGGAUUCAGUUCCUCCAUAUGGCCAUAUCCUGUUACACCCACCCCAAUAUUGGUGGAUCCUAAACUAAUUUUAAUGUGGGAUACGAUUUAAAUAGUGCUGGUGUUAAAUUAUCAUUAUUAUUUUAUUAUUUAUAUAGUGCCAGUACAAUGGAUGGACUAACAGACACAUAAUUGUAACCAGACAAAUGGAUGCACACAUGAACUAAUGUGUAUAUAAUUAAUCUGUUGUAAGAGCAUUGUGAAUAUAUAUAUAUAAUGCUUUAUUAAUGUGAUAAAAAACACAAAUAGAAAAACUGAAGUGUCAAAACUAAACAAUUAAAGUGAUAGUGCUUUCAUGUAUAUACUCACAAUGCAUAUCAUAUAUCUGCUCUAUACGGAAUGAAAAUUAUAAUAAAAGUGGCAUUACUAUACAAAAACCACCUCAAAUUUAUACUUUCCUGUCGUCAUCUCCAAAGGGGGAUCUGAAACUAGGAGCCAGGUUGGGUGCUUAACCCAAAAGGAAUUAGGCCUUGACUUCAAACUUACACAGUAAAAAAGAGAAUUGGGGGCACACCCCAGGGCUUUGUAUUUACACAAGGAGUAUGCCUGUCUGCACACGAAGCUACGAAGCUGGUUUGGAUGUGUGAAACUGCAAAUACACUGCAGGGGUUUUUAACUUUAGUGUAAAUUACUGGGAUCUGGGAGCGAAUUUCAGGAUUUAGGCCAAGCUAGCCUAAAUUAAAACAUAGCUGUAUUGAAGAGUUGUGACAUUUCUGAAGUUUUAGCCUGAAAAUGUUAAUUUACUUUGAAUUCACAGAUUUGUCCAUUUGAUAUGGCUGUUUUCUGAUCUGAGUAUACUGAUGUGUUUAUUGGACAGUGAACUCAUGUGCAUAUUAUUUGUGAUAUGUAGGACUAUGAAAGAACAGAUUUCAGCCAAUUCGAAAUUAUCCAACUAGGUUGCCUUGAACGGACAAUGAUUUGAUUUUCUAUGUUUGAUGCUGAUUGGCUGUUAAGUUAUACUCAGUGACAGUAGAUAUUUCUGAGCAGUAGCACAGCAGCCGUUUUGAAAGCUGUCGAGGGCCUCGCCAAGGUCCACCAGUGACUUUCCUCUAGUAAUUUGCCGAAGUACAAAGUUACUCACUAAAGUGCUAAUUAUUGGAAAGUCAAAGUGAAUUGUGGGCCACAAAUAAUCCAAGUAAGAUACAUUCUGAGUUCUGCUAUUUUGCCCUAAAACUCAACAUUUACUUUGCAUUCUCAAGAAUUCAAACAUUAGUAAUUAAUUCUGUUUGAGAUUUUCCUCCUAGAUCAAAAUUUCAUCUUCCAUUGUUCACAUUCAUUGCAAAGCCAGCGCUAUACAACACUUAAAGGGCUACUUAUUAAAGAGAGAAUUCAAAGUGAUUUAAGGCCAGAGUAGCCGAACUGAAAGCGUAGAUAACUUCGAGAAUUUUUCACGUUUGUCUAUUUUGAUCUUAAAUUUGAAAUUCACUUUGAAGUCUCACUUUACUUUUUGUCAAUUAAUAUAAUCCCAUGUGUGAAAAGAGGAUGAGAUAACAGUUAACUGUGAUUGAAUCUCUUCUGAUAUGGUAGAGAAACGCAGUUCCUUAGAUGAGUUUGUCACAUCUCGGACCCAUUUCUGUGUUAUCAUAAAAUAUGUAGAUGUCUUUGAACAGUAAAUGAAUUGAUGUAUUUAUUACUACAGUCAUUUUACUGAAAAACUGGCAAGCUUUGAAAGCUGUAAUAAGAUAGACCGGGGUUUCUUUAUCACUCCAGAUGUUGUGGACCACAUCUCCACUGAUGCUUUGCCAUCAUUAUAGCUGUAAGAGAAUUAUGGAAGAUGUAGUCCACAGCUGGAGUGCGAAGGUUGUCUACCUCUGAUAUAAACAAUAAGAACAGUGAUUGUGCAUGGAAGAACCACAGUAACGACCUCAAAUAUCGGCAAUUAGCUUGUUUGACAGAGGUUAGUUCUAAUACAGAAUGUUUGUCAGCAAGAUCCAGUGUUUCAGUGUGAGGAAGGAAAGGUCAGCCAACAACAGUAGUGAGUGAUGUGAGAAACUGAGACAAUGUAUUUGCUUGUGUUGGGGAUUUUAGAUUUGAGGCUCCGAUUCCCUGAUGAGACAUCUGAACAGACAGAAGAUCACCGGUCAACCAAUAGGCCUGGAAACCAAACACUAAACCACUCUUUAAUAGCCCUUAUCAUACUGCCUCAGUAAUGGAGGGGCAGUGUUGGGGAAUGUAAAGGGCACCUGUUAUGCCCCAAACAAUUUAUGCUCAUUAGAUUGAGCAUACAACUUUAAGAUAUAAAUUGUUCUAGCAGUUUUGCUAGCAAAUGUACAGAUUAGGAGAAAAACCUAUUUAAAAUAGUUUUUUUUCUCUGAGCUGUCAGUCAAUGCCUCGGCCUCAUAUAUAGUGUUUGGUCAUUGUAUAAGGGAGGGAUUUCAGGUAAAUUCAUUUUUUCAUAACCUCGUUUUAAAUCUCACCCACAGUUGCCAUCUCCCUCCCCUUCAAUUGGAAUUGAUGUUACUUUGCUAGAUAUUUUCACCAAUAUAUUAGAAUAAGGAUUUCAGCUUGUCUGAUAGUGUAUACCCAUAAUAGGAUAUCUUUAAAGCUGUGUAUUCUAUACUCUCAGUGUUGCAAGUUGCAACUCCCAUUAUCCUCAAUAGCCUUCUGCAAGUCGAGCUCCUGGGAGUAUGACACAUAAUAUCCAGCCAUAAUGGAUGUAUUUAUUUACUGUUUUCUUCUCACAUGCUGGCAAUGCACUGUUAGAAAAUGAGUUGCAUGGAAAAAAGAAAUAUAUUUUUUAGCCUUUUUACUAAACCCAGUUUAUGUUUGCCUUUUAUAAAUUAAAAUUACAAUAAACAGUGUAAUGGUAUGCUUUGUCUGUAGAGUCCGUUAUACGUGUAGAAACAGAGGAUUAUGGUAAAUGUAAAAUCGUAUUUGCAUAAUUUUGCAAGAUAUAGAAAAUCGUUAAAUUUGACAUUUUUUUUUAACUGAGAUAUAUGUUUAGAUCGUGUGUGUUUUGUUUUUAAGUUACCACAAAGUUUCUACACUAAACCAUGUUAAGUUGUUUUCUACUUAAAAAAAACACAGUUUGUGUUUUUCCCCUAAACAGGUGAAUUAUGAUAAAUUAAAAAUAAAAGAACCACAAUGUUUAGGUCAAAACAGUUAAUCCAAUACAAAAAUAGGGGAUUGUGAGAAAUUAUCUCUUCAAAGUCAUGGCCUUGCAUUUACAAUUUAAUUUUAGAUUCAUUACAAUCUAAUUGUUACUAUGUAAGAUACAGCAAUUUGAGCAACUAAUUGCAAAAGAGUCAAGUUUGAUUGAUUAUUGUCAACUUCGACAAUUUUGCCUUAAAUCUAUAUAUUUACUGUGCACUCACCACAAAUCACUCUUCAGUCAAAAAAAAAAUCCCAAUUAUAUAUGUUUCUUUUUGAUGGAUUACAGAUUAUAAUAUAAUUAAUGAGUGAUGUGAAUAAGUAUCUGCUUAUUUCUUCGAAUAUCUGUUGAAAUAGUUUACAAGGCAAGAACAGAGUAAAAGGUGUAGUGUUUUUAUAAAGAAAAAACCUGAAAAUUAAUCAGUGGUAAAAGUUAAAAAAAGCUUUCCCCAUUGGCCUAUUUAAUAUAGUGUUUACAUGACCUCACGGUUUAGCUUUGACCCAACUAGGAUCAAGUGGACAUUCCGGCCUGCCUAAAGAGACACUACUACUAAAAGAUUAUAAUGAUUCAUUUAAAGUGAACUCUUAAAAUACCAAGACAUAAAGAUUACAAUUUACUAUAUACUCCUAUUCUUUCUUUUUUAAAAUUAAUAUGAAGUUAAAAAAUAAUGUGUUUUUAAAGUCAAUUUUAAAGAUAAUUUGUAACAGGAAAGAGAUGAGUUGGCUCCUCAAAAGAGUUUAUUUACUAAACAAUGAUUUUUUUUUGUGAGUUUUAAAGAUAAGUAAAAACUAACUAACUGCAAUUUUUUGGCCUAACUUUGGAUGUUAGUUUAGAACAGAGGUGCCCAAAAGGUAGAUCCCCACAUGUUGUAGAACUACAGCUCCCAUGAUGCUUUGCAUGUCUUUAGAAUGACAAAGCAUCACGGAAACUAUGCACUGAGCACCCCUGGUUUAGAACUUAUCUCAUCUGGACUCAUAAUUUAGAGAAUACACCCCAAUGUAUGGAAAAUAGUUAACCCCUUAAGGACAAAUCAUAUAAUAUUUCUAUCGUAAGAAGAAUCCUUUAAAUAUCAUGUAUCAAAAUGUAACGUCCCAGUCAUUUAACUGUGUCAGUACCAUACAGAUCUGCAUACACUAAAUAAACAUGACAUUCUACUGGUAUAGCAUACUUAGAGACCAAACUGUGAUGACGAUGUUCUUAAGGAGUUAAAGAAAUAUGAGAACAGUGAGUUAGUGCAUGUAAGUGUAGAGCCAACUAAGUCACUAAUCUAGAAAACCUCUCCAAGUCAGCUAUAUUCACCACUUGGCUUUUCUAACCAAAAUUUUGCAAUCUAGUUUUCAAUUUGGUAUUUUGUGAAUAAACCACAAAGUGUUGACUUGCGAUGCUGUAUUACUCACGAUUCCCAAGUGGAAUCUACUACGUUAUCUGCUGCAGCACAGUUCUCCAAGAUGUUUUACUGCGAAGUGCAUAAAUCAGAAUUGCCACGGGGCUUAUAGGGCACUUACUCUCGAUAGCACAUCAUUGGCACUCUCUUCAAAUUGCCCUCUGAAACUUCAAGGUGGAGCAGGAGACUUUGAGGGUGGUGGGCCAUGCUUUCUAAUUGUUUUUAGCUGCUCCUUAUGUGGUGAAAGAUACAGAACAUGGAAAGGGAAAAAUCUAAUUUAACUUUUUUUUUAACUUCAUGUUUUUAAAUUUGCCUUUUUUUUCUGGAAUAAAAUAACAUUAUACUUUUUUGAUGAACUGAAAUAAUAUAGUAGUCAAUAAAUGUUUGUCUUUUCAUACAACCUAAUGAUGCAUGCUGUGGAUACUAAUGCUUUGUCUGCACACAAUGAUAAAGAUGUUUAUGGCCUAUUAUUGUACUUACUGUAGACCCCAGUAGGGGUUUUCAAGCAAAGAGCCGUUCAGAAGAAUUCUGAGUAUAGACGUAAUACCUGAAGAACGCACUCUCGCACUCUUUCCAGGGGACAAUUCUCUAGUGUCCCCAGAUGUCCCCAGGGGAACAAAUCUGGGACAGUGGGACGAGAGCCUGUAAACGGGACUGGCCUGCAUAAUCCUUGACUUUCAGGAGGCUUGUCUCUAAAAUCUACAACAUUAAUAUUUGUUGUUUGAAAAAUCUUACAUAAAUAUUUUUAAAUACAAAUCUAUAUUGUGUGAGCUGAUGGUUGUGAAGGUUGAAGAAUCUUCCCAUUCUAUAGAGUUACUGUUGAGUAGAUGUAUUGAUUACACAGUCCUACUUAUCUCUCAAUAGUCAUACUAAUAGAUGUAAUCAGCCAUAGGUCAGCCAGUAGCCAAGUCACACGGUGAAUUGUGACAAAAAAAGGACGGCUUAAACACAGGAAAUCUAUUAAAAGUCUGACAAAGCCUCACUGAGUCUUUACACAUGAAGGACCAUGAGAUAAAGUAGAAUCUACAUGUAUAGAACAGUCACUUCAAAUCCAGACACCAGAAGCAAAAACACAACAUAUAGACAGAAUUUGGAGCAGAAUUUUAUUAUAAAAAUACAAUUGACAAAUAUGACACUAAACUUAGUAUUGCUGAGUAUUUAAAGUGAAGUUCAAAUUUUAGGUCCACCAAAAAAAAUAUUUAGAAACAUUCUCCAAGCUAUUUCUGUGUUUAGUUUGGCUAUUUUCACCCUACAUUUGAAUUUUUUACUUUGAAUUCUCACUUUUUUUCCUGUAAACAAUGACAUUAACAGAGUUAUUCACUAGAGCAGUGAUAGGCAACUGUUUGUAAACUGGGUGUUAUGGACUACAUCUCCCAUAAUGCUCCUACUGCUAUUAUGCAUCAAGGGAGAUGUGGUCCGUAAAAUCUGGAGUGCCAAAGGUUGCCUACCCCUGCCCUAGAGAAUCUGUUUAAAAGAUACGUCUGGAACACAGGCUCUUUUGGACCACCCAGUGCAGGAACACAGUUUAAAUUAUUAUUUUUAAGUCAUAGAUUCCAGAUUUUUUUUAUUGUUAGCAGCAGUGGCACUGAAAAGAGUCAAGAAUGGCGGCGACUCUUAUUUCUUGGAAAUGCCCACGGUAUAAUGCAUUAUUACAGCUUUUGUCUAGAGGUUGGUUUGGUUUAUGGCCUUGCCAUUGCUGGACUUGACGAUGUUAAAAUGUUGGUGGGCAUCUUGUUUGUCAGAAAUUGUGGCAUUGCAAGAACCAGAGAACUGCAGGUGGGCUAAGUCAUCAGAUAUAAUUAGCAUUUUACGAACAUGGGUUGCAGGUGCAAACUUAACAGAUAAUUUAGUAACAAUAUCCCCUUGAGUUAAAUGUGUCAAGGUUUUGUGACACCAGCUACCUGUCUCCAUGCCCAACGAUAUAAUUUAUAAACUUUGCUGCUUUUCUUCCAAGUAGGUAUAUAUGCAUAUUCUUUAUUUCUGUAAUUGUCAUUCAAACAAAUAAUCGUUUGAUUUUGUGUGUGAGCUUUCCUGCAUCUACGUCAUGCUUCUUAGAAAUUGCUAUUUUCCCCACUAAAUUAUUAAUUAUAGGGAUGUUAAAAUUUAGUGUAGUUUUAAAAAUGUAGACAAAAUUUGCUGAUUUGGAAAAAUUCACUAAGUUAUAGUAACAGUUUGGUUAAUUUUGGUUUUCAAUUACCCACAACUGACAUAUAAAACACCGAUUGAAAGUCAAUAAAACAAUAGUGCCCUAUUGAUAUUAGAUCUCAGACUUCAGGAUGAAGUAUCGCAGCUAGAGCCUAUGGUAUGAGGAAGGGAUUAUAAUAGUCUUGGAAGGGAGAGGCCGCAACUCUCAGCAUUUUCUACUCUACACAACUACACGGCUGUCACUCCUUAAGAUGAAGUGAGCAGUUUAUUUGACAUUUAUCAGCUUGUUUGGUGAUGAAAAUUCAGUCCUUUCAAGCAGGUGGUGGAUCAUUCUUUUUCCUGUUUCAUGUUAGUAUCUACUUCGAACAGGGUUGGGUCUUGUUAACCCUGUGUCUUCUUUAAAAUAAACCUGUUCCGUAAAAGAACACUUUAAUCAGCAGAGACAUACACCGCCUGUAUGUUGCAUCAUUUUAAACAAAAUGUUGUACACCAUUUGUUGCUAAAUUUCUAGUGAAAAAUACCAACUUAUAAUCGUCUUCCUUUUUCCUGAUUUCAACAGCUCUAAAACCUAUAAUAUCCAAAAGUUAAAUGUGUUGAAUUGAAAACCAAACUCUAGAAUUCAGGCCAAACUAUUUGAGCUGCCAAAAUAGCUGAUUUGAGGACGUUUUACAUUCUAUGUCUGUGAAAAAUGUACACUUUUUUUUAAAGUAAAUAAACGUUAGCAUCUGAUAAUGUGCCAGAUAUGUAGUCAAUCAGAAGAUCAACGAAAGGUACUGGCAGAGAAAUAAUUAUUUAACACACUGAGUAGUGGCAAGUUGAUAUUUGACUUUUAUGCGUUACGCCAUAUUGAUAUACAAAUGACAGAAAUUCAUCAGGUUCAAACUUUCAUCUGUUUUUUCAGGUUGGCCAUCAAAAACUAACCAUUUAGUGGAUGCAGUGGUGUAUUGUGGAUCUGUGCUGCCCUAGGCAUGACGGAACUCGGGCUCCCCCUAAUUUAAAUGUGCCCCACCCCUUCCUGUCAACGCCACACCUCUUCCUGAUAAAGACUAACACACACUUUGACUGACAGACGCGCAGUCUCACAAUCACUGACACACACAAUCACUGACAUGCGCACACAAUGAUGCAGACAUACACACACACACACACUCAAUCACUCACUGACACACACACACACGCACAGACACACACACUGACAGACAUACACACUCACUCACUCACAGACAGACAGACACACAAACACACACGCACACACAAUCACUCAGACACACAGGUGCCCUCACAGACACACACUGACAGACAUACACACACACCCACACACACACACACACACACACAGACACACACACUGACAGACAUACACACUCACUCACUGACUCACUCACAGACAAACAGACAGACAGACACACACACACAAACAAUCACUCAGACACACAGGUGCCCUCACAGACACACACCUGACAGACAUACACACACCCACAGACACACACACACACACAAUCACUCAGACACAAACACACAUUCACUGAAAUAAACACACUCACAGACACACACAGUCACUCACUCAGAGAAACAAACACUCACUCUCACACACACACAAACACAUACAAUCACUCAGACACACAUUGACACACACACACACACACACACUGACAAACACAUACACACAUUGACAGCCAGCCAGGCACACACACACAUCCGCCCCCAACACUCACAGAUGAUUUUUUAAUUUAAAUCCACCCAGCCUCUCUACCUUUGAGAGAGCUGGGUGUAUUUUUUUACCUGGGGUCAAGUGGGGCUGCUGGCCAGGCUGUUGUGGAAGGCAGGCGUGCAGACAGUUGGGCGGCAAGUUGAGGUCCAGGCGGGCAGCGAGGGAGUGCUGAUUUGUGAGCCCUCCCUGCUCAGCUCCCUCACACGCCGCAGAGUGAGCUCACAAAUCAGCACUCCCUCGCCGCCCACUUGGGGCUCAGUAAGCUGCCUGCCACCAGGAUUUGUGGCAAAUACAGCACUGAGUGGAUGUACUCUAAAAUAAAAAUGAUGUAGUAUAUUGAUGAACGUUAAAGGGACACUAUAGUCACCAGAACAACUAUAGCUUAAUGUAGUUGUUUUGGUGACUAUAAUCAUUGCAGGCAGGCAUUUUCAUGCAAACACUGCCUUUUUAGGGCAAAGUCAGUGUUUAUAUUGCCCUCUAGGGGCACCUCCAAGUGGCCACUCCUAUGAUGACCACUGGAGGUUCUUCCUGGGGCAGUGCUACACAGUAGUGCUGAAUUUUCCUCAUAUAGAUGCAUUGAUUUAAUGCAUAUCUAUGAGGAGGUGCUGAUUGGCCAAAACAGCUUUGGCCCUGCCCCAAUCCCGCCUCCAAUCGAAUAAAAUAAUAAAUUCUGAUGACACCAAGGAAGUAGAUCGGGGCAGGGCCAACAUUGGCGUAUCCGCGUUGCGCUGGAAACAAGGUAAGUUUUUUCCUUUUCUAAUGGGGUUUGGAGGGGGGGCAAGCCACCUAAAUGGUGGAUUAAACCCUAUAGGGUCAGGAAUACAUGCUAUGGUGUUCCUUUAAUUUUUUUUUUAAUUUUAUUUCCUUUUGAAAAACAUAUCGCAAAUGUCUGACCUUUGUUCAUGGAAAUGUGGCCAACAUUUGGAGGAUUUUAUACAUUUAGCAAAAUAUAGCAUUAAUAAUCAAAUUUUGCUACAGGCACAGAAUGCGUUCUGUAAUUGGGGCUACAUAAAGGUCAGUUAUUGGUGCCUGUAGGAAGGGUGUGAUGUACUGUUCACAUGCCACAAUGAAUUUUGUGAAGUGUAGUGACAUUAGUCAUUGUGUGUUAAGUAAAAUAGCAGUGAAGGAGUGGGCAAUUUGCUUAUUAAAAAGGAAUUAGGUAAUAUUUUUUUUUUUUUAAAUAUGUCACCUAAUUUAUAUAUGUAACCUAAUUUAAUAGCAUUUAAUGUAUAUGUAAUACAUAUAUUUCUAAACACAAAAUUGUCGUGAAUUGGAAUCUCCAUUGCAAAAUUCAGGAUUAGAUAACUGAUUGGUGUUUGCAGCCAAGUUUAAGAUUAUCUCCAAUAUCGGACAUUUUGGCUUUUAUUGCACUAAAUUCUUUGUUUAGUUAAUAACUACAAGGAAAUACUCAGAUUACUCUUAGUCACGUAUUACUUGAAACUAAGCAAUGUAUAAUUUGUUUUAAGACUUGUGGAGUUUAAAAAGUGGUGUAAACUUGAACUGAAUAUUAAUAACAUAAAGGGUAAAUACGUAACCCAUUUAAUAACUCUGUGUGGUAAUAAAUAGAGCAGCCAGAGUACAGCAAUCACAUGGUUUGAGAAGUAAGGACACGUAGAAAGAAUCAAGGUUCUUCUGAGCAGGAAAGCAGGAGAACUCUGGGUUAUUGUUCUGGAUCUAGAAUGCUAUAUCUCUUACCAUCUCUUACGAGCCCCAAAUAUUUUCUCAAUGCCAUUUUGAACAAAGAUAACAUGCCAACUACUGGUGGAUAAUAGUCAUGAUUUGUGGUUGAUCUGAAAAAAUGUUCCUCUUAGUAAAGGUCUUGUGUGAAAUGGAAAAGUAUGUCCUCUCUGUCCGAUGUCCAUAACCUACACCCAGGCCUUUUGAUUGAGAUAUUUCAAGUAUGCCCUUGAUGUGUGUUGAUAUUUAUGUUGAACAUGAAAGAAGAUGAGUUAGCCUUUCACAUUAGACACUUUAACUUUUAUCUCUGCUUUGGUACCAGGGAAAAAGAUAUAUUUCUGAUUUUGCUCCUUUUUUACAGUCAUUGUAAGUGUUUUGUAAUAUUUUAAUCAAUGCUUUAGUGGUCUACCUAUUUUUUUUUGAAUUGCGUUAUCUGGAAGAACAUUUUCAGAUAUCUAACUUGCUUUGGCAUAUUUUAAGCCAAAAUUAACCAACUGGAAAAAAAAAACAGCUAAAUUGGAGAAUAUUUUAUAUUGGCCAAAAUAUUGGCCAUAAUUUAUAAUAAGAUAGUCAAUUCCUCCUAAAUUCAUAGUUUAUUGAAUAAAUCCUUGUCAGAAAAUUCCAUGGUGGUAGUCUUAAGGAGUAGUUUGUGAAUGAUUGAGAACAGAAUGACAAUAUGGAAUAUAUCUAGAUAAUAUAGGGAUAUAUCUAGAUGUAUUGGGCAAAUCAGCAGGAGUAUUCCAUUGGUUUCCAUGGUGAUUGUUCCAUGCUUAGACAUUCUUUAUACAUAUUGUCAAUAGACCUUUAAAUAUUCAACAUUUAACCUUCUCCCUAUUAUAUUUCCCAUCAUUUAGAAUCUGGGCGAACAAAGGUUGACACAAACCAGGUUUAUUAUGUUAAAUGCAAGAUAUAUAUUUCUAGCUUUCUCUCAUUAGGUUUACAUGUAUCCUUCAAUGGGCAGCCCCCCAAACCCCCAAUGCUUAGUAAAACCAAGCUACAGAGGGAAAGGUUUAACUGCACAUCAUUCAUUCUGCAUGAUAUGAGAUAUAUUUUGCCAGAGAGGAUUUUUAAUAUGUACAUUCACCUUUCACAGGAACUUAAUUGGAUACAAAGUUUUUUAGUUUUUUUUUUUAGUUUAUUGCCUAUACAAUAUUCUCUUCUUUUUCAUAUUAUUAGUUUCAUGAUUCUGUCUUCCCCCUCCAUUACUAAAGUGACCUUCUGUUAGAGCUGCGGAUUCUGCUUAAAGCAGCAUGCAUUGGAUUUGCAGUAUAAAUACUUUGGUUUGUCCUACAUGAUGCUAGGUUACUGCUGAAGGAUUUGCAGUGACAUCAGACUGGAUGGAAGAUGGCACUAUAUGCGUGGCCCCCUCGCAUGGCCCCCCUCGCCUCUCUGAAUAUUAAUGUCUCCUGGCAGAUUGGAUAAUUAUGUGACUGGGAAUUGAAUGAAGCUGGUUAUUAGCUGCUGAACUACCACUUACUCUUUAAGCAUACUGAGAUAAGGUGUUAUUGAGUUCUGAAAUAGAUAUAUAUAUGUGUGUGUUCUGAAAUUGGCACAUAUAGAUAUAUGUGUGUUUGUAUGUGUAUUAAUAUUAUUGUAUGUAUCAUACAGACAUAUACAUGUAUUAUAUACAUAAUAAUAUAAUAAUAUAUAUAUAUAUAUAUAUAAAAAAUAUGAUGGAGGUUUGUUUCUGGAAUAAUUCCAUUUUAAUUUUUGGCAUUAAACAAUUUACUUUUAUUAUACAGUUAAUAUUUUGCAAUGAUCAGUUUAAGAAUAACUGUAUUAGAGCUCUAAAUGUAAGACAGAAAUAUUUUGAAAGUGAAAUGAAUCAAAUGGAUCAAUUUCGUAAGGGUAUAUAAACAGAAUAUUUAAGAAAAUAUUUGGGAAUGCAUCUUGGGACUUGUAGUUCCUAGACAUUAUGAGAGCUGUAAAUUCCUUGGCCUACUACAAGCUGCUGCUACAAGACAGAAAUAAAAUAAUAAUUUCAUAUAUUUACCUUUAACAUAUUAUUUUAGUAAAUAUUUAAUUUAUUAUCCCAGCCCUUAUAGGGCUGGUGGGACAGCAAAUCCCCAGUUAGCAUAAAAAACUGAAAUAAAAUCUAGUUUGUUGGCCUGAUAAGGACAACUUAUAAACAUGAAAACAAUGUGUCUUUCACAAACAGCUAAUCAUAUCAAGAUUUUAAAGUAUUAUUGAAACAAAUUGACUCAUUCUCAGGGUAAAGACCCCUCAGACAUGUAUAGUGUGUUCUAAGAAAACUUGUGAUGUCACCUAUUGGCUUUGCAUUGGGCCGUCAGAUCUCAGAUGUCCUAAAAGAGAAACCUGCAUAUUGCCCUGUCUUCUAGAGCUGUUAUACAGUAACAGCAUCGGGGAUUGUCGUUGAAGCCUUUUACCGUGGUUGUUGUUUCUAAUAUACAUGUGCCUAUAGCUUUAUUAUGUUGAACAGAGCCUGAUGUCUCAUUGGACCAUUGGUUAAGGACAUGGGGUUAAAUGGGCAGAACUUCGCAAGUCAAGGAGCAGAGUCAAAUUACAAGGGUAUAUUUGUGCCUCACCAUUGUUAAACAUCACCAGCUGCUCUUGCAUAUUAGUAAAUGCAUCUUUUCAGUACAUCUCUUGGCUUACCCUUGCUUUAUCGGUGUGGCUAUCUUGAGUGCUCUUGGGUUGGAAACACUACUUAUCUGACCAAAAACGGUGCAGAUAAUUAAAAGCCAGUAUGCAAUUAUAAAUCCUGAGAUCAGAUACAAGUGUCAGGCUUCUCAAAAAAUUACUCUGGGGCAAUUUCAAACUUCCCAGUGGUGUAUGGUCUUAGCAGAUAAGUGGUGCUUCCAUCCAACAAAGUCUAAAUAUGUCACUGCUUGGCUGGGUGGUAAGAAUAUCAUUAACUUUGCUUCUAAUAAAGAAGUGUCACUUUAAAGUAUACAAUCCAGAUUUGUUUCACUGUCCUGCCUUAUAUGUUUUAAUAUCUAUUUUCUUGAAAAACAUAUACUGUCCAAUAUGUGGCAAAGUGACCAUUAAACAGUGGGCCAUCACAUUGUCUACAGCAGGCAUUGGCAACCUUCGGCACUCCAGAUGUUUUGGACUAUACCUCCCAUGAUGCUUUGCCAGCAUUAUGUGUGUAAGGGCAUUAUGUGAGAUGUAGUCCACAAUAUCUGGAGUGCCGAAGGUUGCCUACCCCUGGUCUACAGCAUGAGGAAGGAUCUGGAAGUGUCUGCAUUCCCCACCAUUUAUUACUAUGCACAUGGGGUUCUGAAAUAGGUGAGGCCAAUUUUUGGUCCACCACACCUGGGUUAAUAGAUUCGUAGGAAGUCCAAAGGACCCUACAUGUUUAAAAUCUACCAAUGCCACAUUUUGUAUUGAGAAUGAAGAGGCAGAUCUAAUAUUCUAACUAUUUGCAUGAUGUAACCUCAUUGCUGCCAAAGUGCCUUUUUUUGUUUUAAUUUUUUUCACUCAGCUCCCGACUUUGAUUUGCUUCUCUUUGACGACCGACCUGUUCAGCUCAGCUGUCAAAGAGGAUUUCAGGCAGUCAGCAUCAACACAACAAGCUAGUUUUAACUGGCUUUCUUUCAAGUCGGUUAAAAAAUUAUUUUUUAUAUACGCUGAAAAAUCUGACUUUAUAGUAUAGAUCUCGUAAACUCUUCAACAUCUGCUCAUAUGCAUCAUAUUACCUAUAAGUGAAUUAUUUCCACACUUAAAAAUGUUUCACUGACAAAAGGACUCAAUAUGUAAGAGAACUCGAAUGCUAACAAACGGUGUUUGCAGUGUGUAUUUUCUUACGGAUAGCAAAUGUUUAAAGUGAAACCCAAACCUUUUCUCUAAAUACAUUUCAACUUAAAAUGCGACAACCGGUGUUGCUUUACCCAGCAAUUCAAAUGGCUUGCAAACUGCAUUCAUAGCUGCCGUGUAAAAAAUGAAAUAUCAACUGAUUCAAAGAAUGAACAAGAUGUCUCCACAUGACAAUAUCUUGCUAGAAUUUGCACUGAAGAUAGGAACACUCAUUUAAAAAUAGGUAUGUGUAUUUUUUAAUUGGAUAUGUUGUGUAACAUGUUUAGAUUAUUGGCAAUCUAUUCCAGAUUCCAAACUGCAACCUAAUGCUCCUUCAGUAAAUUUAUAAAGCAAGACGUUAUCCAAUCAAAUGCUUCUAACAGAGGAACAUCGAGGACUCACAGUGCAUCGGUAGCAAUGUCAUAAUAUACAAAUCCAGUGCUUCUGGAGGAAAUGCCAUUCCUAUUGCUGUACUAUUGCCCAAUGGUCCAUUAAAGAGGCAACUGUUGACUAUGGCAGUGAGUGUGCAUUAUACUGUAGCUUGUAUGGGUAGGAAAAAUCAGAAUAGGGGAAUGGCAGGAUGACGUUGUAGGGGAAUUGGAAGUAGGAGGUAAGAGAUAGAAAGAAAAAGAAGAAGGGAAAGAAAGGAAAACCAAAAUGAGAACUGAUGAACUCAACAAAACUCAAUGCUCCUUCAUUUCCGUGAUCAAUAAUUUCACUUCAGUAAGAAAAGAGGCGAUGUUGACCUUGCAUAGAAGGAAUACAUUUAGUGUAUGAAGUUGCACAGAUCUAAUUACUCCAUAGAAUUCACAUAAGACAGUCCAGAACUGAGUUCUGGGUUACCAAGUCACAAAAAGUGAAGAUAUCUUAGAGAAACACUGCACAUAAAGAUUCCUACCACCAUGACCACUUCUUUUUUUGUAAUUCUUUAUUUUGUUGUGCAUGAGGAAUACAAAGAGGCUGACCAUGCCACAGCUAUUGUCAACUAUUAGGUCAACAUCAAAAGAGUUUUGUUGACAUAUCAAAACAUUGCACAUUUUAUGUAAUAUUAUAGAUUCAUCAAAUAUUGAAACAACAGUUAUGAGUUAAGGCAAACUACAUACUGAAUCGGAUUAACAUACUGACUGAGUGUGAGAGUAGAGGGUCUCCACCUCCGCUUCCCCACUUGUGCUGCGCUAGCCAUCUGCCCAGGCUGCGAUGGUUUGUCUCCGUUCCGUGGGCGGCCGGUUGCAGCUGUGGGUCUUGUCUGGCACUGUUUGGUGCGUUCUCCCAGUAUUGCUCCCAGAAGCACUCAAAAGCCCAAGCAAUAGGAUCACUGGAGUCUGGGACAUGCAUGGCCUUGUGUCGGCGGCCAUCUUGGCUUGCUCCGAGCGGCAUUCCUGCUCCGCGUGUACCCUCGGGUCCGGGUGUGGUGAGUGUUGGUUCUUCCCAGGGAGGACCGGAAUGACCCCCGCCGGUCCAUAGGGGGAGGGUGGGAGCAAGCCCGGGCCCCGCCUUUGAUCCAAGAGCAUGAGAGCGGCCGUCUCUCCCCACCUCGACCUCCCGCAGGCCGCAACUGUGCUCCGACCUGGAGUGACCGAUCGCCGGCCACAAGGCUUCGUAAGUGUUGUUGGGCUGUGAGUAGGUGGCCCGCUGUGGCAUUGUGUGCAUUAAAGGCAUGAUUCUAAAAGCAGAAGUGGUCAUGAUGGUUGGAGUAACCAUUUAACCAAGCCAACUCUCCUUUUUGGUCUCUGUUUGUUCUGUUGGAUAACUAAUAUACUCCAACAAAUUAUUUUUAUAACUCAGAAUACAUUUCUCAGUAGAAAAUUAAGGACUUCUCUAGCAGUACCCAAGGAAUGACAAUGAAUUACAUCUCACAUCUAAAAGUUUAUAUAUGACCAACAUUGUGCCCUCCACAAAACUCAGUUUUUAUAGUCUGCCCCACAUUGGCUCAGUUUUGUGCCUGGCGGUUGCUUUAGUGUCAAACUUUUCAAACUCUACAAAGUUAUUUUAAUUAGAUCGGAGGCAGGUACAUUUCAAUUAUAAUUCAACAGGAAAUAUGAGACCUUUCAAAUUAAAAUAUUAAUGAAUGCAGAGGUUAGAGUCUGACCCAUACAUCUCCACAACCCAGAUACCAAGAGCAUGUAUGUAAUGUGAAAGAUAACGAGGCUCUGGAAAUCAUACAAGUGUGCUCGGUCAAAUUGAUUUACAUUCUUAGAAUAUUUAUAGUGCUAACCUAUUCUGCAGAGAUGUAUAAUUAUACAUUGACAAGUAAUUGACAAACUAAAUACUGUUGACAGAAACAGGACAUUAAGAAGUUUUGUAAGUUAGUUCACAAUCUAGGAUGAAAUAAGUUAAAGGAACACAUUAGGAAGAAUUGCAAGUCAAAAGGGAGGAGAGUUUUACUGAUAUCUGUCUAGUUAUGUUGUGUUAGUUAAGUAUGAGGUCUGUGACGAGGAAGAGAAUUAAGUGGAGUGUGGUAGCCCUGGUUAUGUGUGAGGAUACGGGACAUCUGCUGUAAAAUGAAAAGCUACCUAAGUAAAUGGCAAGUUUUCCAAUAGAGAUGAGUUUUAAUUAACUUUAUUAAAGGACUGGAGACUAGGGGAGAGUCUGACAAGAUGAGUUGAAGCAUUCCAUGGUGUGGCCCCGAAGAAACCCUACAGGUGAGAAUCAGUGAUGUGAGUGUGAACGUAGCACGCGAGAAAGGUUGUUCUCCUAAAACAGAGUGGAAUUGCAAUCAAUGGAUGUUGUUUUAGGAAGAUUUGUAAGCAGUGUCAGUAAUCUAAAUUGGAUUCUGAAGCGUUUUGGAAGCUAGUUCAAUUAUUGACAAAAGGGGUGAUGUGUGAUAUGAGUGACGGGUAAAGAUGCAUUAUUAUUAUUAUUAUCGCCAUUUAUAUAGCGCCAACAGAUUCCGUAGCGCUUUACAAUAUUAUUAGAGGGGGGAUUUAACUAUAAAUAGAACAAUUACAAGAAAACUUACAGAAAUUAUAGGUUGAAGAGCGCCCUGCUCAAAUGCGCUAACAGUCUAUAGGAGGUGGGGUAUAAAACACACUAGGACAGGAAAUAGCAAUCAAAUUAGGUGGGAGUGAAGCAGAGCUGGAGGAGAGACAGGUAUGUGAGGUAGAGGUUAGUCUGGGAGGCUAUAGGCUUUCCUAAAGAAAUGGGUUUUAUGCAUCAUUACAGAUUGUAGUGGGGCAAUAAUGUCUAUGAGUAAGUUCAUUAGUAGCAGUGAAUGUGAGUAUUGUAUUUAAGGUGGAAAUUAGGGGAUAGACUAGAAAUGGGGAGAAGCAGUGAUACCAGAGUCGAGUAACAGUAAAGUAGUAAACGUAGCAUUUGGGGUUCUGAGUGUUUCAUCAAUCUACAGGUAGACUGAAAUGGAGGGGUAUUUGUAGGAGUCAAAAUAAGAAGUUCAGUUCAGAAAAGAUUGUGUUUUAAGAUAUGGAUAGUAUUCCAGAGGAUGAGAGUUAUAAGAGUACCUUGCCUAUAUACACUCACAGAACAAUGUAAUAUUUAAUUGGGUUUUCUGUAACUAGUUAAUUUACUUCAUGUUUAGAGUAAUACAUUGGCUUGACCUGGACGAGUCAUUUUUAAGAUUUCUCUUUUGAUUAAUUUUAAAAGAAUUGUACGUGUCCAUAUUUCCGAAGGCAAAACCAAAGCAAUUCUGGUGCAAGAUUCUAGAGCACUGAGUAAUCACCAUGGAAACAACCUCCUCAAUGAUGCUCCAAAUACAUUAUUCACUCAAAAAUAUCCCCUGUUGUGUCUUGAUAGAUAUAUUUCUUUGGAUGUGUGUUUUUCAAGGCCUUUGAUGUUCAAUAAUGUCGUCCCUGUCAUGAAAAAGUCAUUUAUUAAAUGAUUAUUCAGUCACCUAUUUUAACCGCACCUUUUUUCAGCCAUCCUUCAUUAGAUGCCAGUAGAGAUAUAAUCUCCUUUGAAGAGAAAGAAUUAAGUGCUGGGGAGAGAUGGUAAGACAAGUCAGGUUUUACAGUUGCCUCUGUGACGGUGACAGCUAUUCUUUGAACCCUUAAGGACCAAUGAUAUGAUAUUUUUUAGGCUAACAUGAUACAUCCUUCUGCUUUAGCAUUGACAGCUCUAUUUAGUCCCGCUGUUCUAUUAGUGGUGCAUUCCAUUUUAGAACAGGAUAGUAAAGUCACAUUAUUCUGAUGGCAUAGAUUGUCAAGCAAUCAGUAGAGUACAUUUUCCAUCUUGUUUAGUAGACAUGCGCAUGGCGGAAACAUUCGACUGAACCAUAAAAAUAAACUUGGGAUGGCUGAAUUCUGUACACAUGGUUUAACUCACCAGAAUUUUGUCUGCCGAAAAGAUUCAGAAAAACAAAUUAGACAAACCAAAAGUGUUUGAAAAUACACCAAAGAAUGUACUGACAAAAUUUACGCGUACUAUAAAUAUUAUGUAUAGAUUGUACAGUGCACUGAUAGGUGCAUUUUACUGCCAUUUGGUUCCAAGAUCAGUUACGAAAAAGUAACCAGUAUAGAGAAAAGAAGCAGUAAUGAAUCUAAAUUUAUAUAUACAUUUAUUAAAUAUAUAAGAAUAGAUUUUGUUCACUGCUCCUCCUUUUUUCCCUCUGUUUUUCACUUCUCACAUGAUCUGUGAAUAAAAUCAACAUUAAGUGGUUGUCCCCUAAUUACUAAUCAUCUUUUUUCCAAUCAAUCAUCUUUUUUUUUUUGUGCCAUUGGGUUGUCUGUUUCUUGAUUAGUCUAUAUGGCAGUUCGAAAAUUGCCAGAUUGAUCCAAAGUUGGACAAAUUGCAGUUUGUAGCAAAACAAAUCUUCAAGUUUAUUAUUUAGGGGUUUCUACAAGUUUAGGGGUCUCCAUACUAAUAUCUCAACUUUAUUUUUUAUACUUUUCAGUGGCUAACAUGAUUCUUGAUAUGCAUUAUUAUUUAUCAAAUCAGUUUCCCCUCUCAUCACAGAAGCCCAGGAGUAUAUUUAUUAUUGGCAAAGUAGAAACUGAGCAAUUGAUGUUUUCUGAAAAACUGUCCCUUUGUGUCUUUUUUUUAGUGAGUUUGAUUAUUAAUCAAUAAUAUCAAUAAAUCAAAAAUCAAGAUUUCUGCACUUUGGACCACUCUUCUUGAGUAAAUGGCCCGAAUUCUCUUCCCAAUUGCGAGUUUCAGCUCUCUCCACAGAUGUUCGAUGUGGUUCAGAUCUGGACUCAUAGCAGCCACUUAUUUUUUCUUCUUAUCAAUCCUUGGGUUAUUUUUGAUCCUCCUCCAUGUUUCACGGUAAAGAUAGUGUUCUUUUGUUUGAAAGCUUCUUUUUUUCCCUUCUGUUAUUGUGAUUUGCCAAACAGCUCUACUUUUGUUUUGUCUAUUCAAAGGACAUUCUUCAAGAAGGACUAUGGCUUGUCAACAUUUUGGCAAACUCCAUUAAGAGUUCAGGACACAUGGUGCAUUAGAGUAUUUGAAUAAAAUGCAAGGGUACCAAUACUUUUAGCCACAUCUGUAUAAGGAGUUGGAGCAGCACUAGCAUUGUUUGAGAAGUCAGGUUCCCAAGGAUUUCGCUUAGAUUUAGCCAGUCAAACACAACCUGAAGUCAAAUGUAUGUGAGUUGAGCACCGUAAGAGCAGGAAUGACAGUAAAGAGAGAAAUAAUAAGAACUAAUUUGAGAUGAUUGACAUAUUUGUAAAAAUGCAGAGCAAUUUAAGUGACGCCAGCUGUCAACUUCCAUGCUGGUCAUAACUUUAGCAGGUAUUAACACCUACAUUUUUCAUAAUUAGGUGUAAAUAAAAUUAAUUUGUUGCAGCACAAUUUUAAAAUAAUUAAUGGAAAGAAAUUGUUUGACAAGUCUGAUUUAAGUAUUUUCAUUAAAUGUAUAUUUAAUUACUAUUACAUAAGGAGUGUUAGGAGUUGUGUAAUGCAAUAAUGUUAAAGGAAAACGGUAUUACUUAAAACAAUUACUAGGAUGUGUUGUGUGUUCAAAACCCCAUCACAUGUCAUCAGAAAGCAAACCAAAGACAAAAAGCAACACAUUUUUUGAAAAGUUAUUUGUCACAGAUCAUUACAAAACAAAAAAAUAUAAAAACAGCAGUCUGACAGCCUAAUGCGGCUUAAUUAUGGAUAUUGGAGUUUAACUGGCUAAUGUGAAAUCACUGUUUAAAACCAUAAAAUUGUAUAGUGAUCUAUACAAAGAAAUCUUGAAAAUGUGGAGUUUUGUAAUUUACAUGCCAAUAUCUAUCUGUUUUAACCAUCUGAGUGUCAGAUGAUGCACGCUAUAAUAGUUCUGAGAUUUGACAUGAAGUAGAUUUUAUAAUUAUAUUGUAUGAAUGCUUACACAAUAUAUAUAAAAACAAACACACAAAAAGACAGUGCAGAGAAGCACUUAUUAACUGUGCAAGCUUGGGUAACUGCAUUGUUCAGCCAAACAGUCUUAUAUGUAAAAUAUAAGUAAAAUAUAAGCAAGCUAAAUUGUUCUAAUUCUAAUUAAAAAGGGGAUCACAAUUCCUAAAAAUUUUACAUUUUGCACCCAGUGGUUUUCAGGAAAUUUAAAAGACAUAUCCAUUAAAUUACUCCAAAAAUGUAUGGCAAAAUGUGGGCUUAUUCAUCAGAUUGGGAACAUGAAGAAUAUAGAAAGGAAUUAUUUGUGAAGAAUAUAGAAAGGAAUUGCAAAUUUGAAAGUCAAAUAGACUUAAACAAAAUCUUCUGACUGUUUUGACCUACGUUUUGUAAUUCUUUUGUCGAUUCUCCAUGAUUCCUGGUUUGGUGAAUAAACUGCAUUAUUGCACAUGGUUUUGUCUAACAUGAAGUUAAAUACAUAUACAUAUAAAUGUUUUUAAAUUAGCAUCAGUAUACUUUAAUUUACCUCUUUCUACAGAAAUGUCCAAACCUUUAUUGUAACAAUCUCGGUAGACAAUAUAAACCUUUUUUCUCUCAUUACCUAUUUAGUAUUUGUUAUUUGAAGAUUACAAAUGAUUUUCAGGUGCGUAUAGUGUCAUCUUUAAUUUUUUUAAUAUUGUCUGGAGAUCAUAUUCAUCUUACAGAGUAAAUUAAGUUGUUAUAGUGAUCCUAAAGGGAUAUCACAUCUCACACACUUAAUGUUGCUUGAACAACCCCCAUGAGCUAUAGUAUGGAUGAAAUCCUCAUUCCUCUUUAAAUCUGGUUCACCGCUCAGUUCUGAAGGAGAGGAAAUUGUGCUUGACAAAUGCAAUCAUAUGCAAAUGACUGCAGAAGAGGUGAAAUUAUCAUCUGCAAACAUUGGGUAGAAAUUCCAUCUGCCACCUCCUGAAGAAGGGCUCUUAAUAAAUUCUGAGACAGCAAAGUGACACACAUCUUAAUCAAGACUUAAUCCCAGGAAUUAAUUCUAUGUGAGUUUGUGCAUAAUUCCAAAGGCAAUGUUUAAAAAAGCCAUGGCAGUCUCGCUGGCAGAUGGACUCUCUGGACUUCAUACGAAGGCAUUAGAAAGGCAAAAAACGGAAAGGAGGACCUGUGAAAUAUUGGUUCUCGCUCACUCAUGCUACACAUUACGGAUCCCUCUGAUUUCACUGCUCAGAGUAGUCUUCUGACUGCAAAGGUUGAACUUCCAAUUACUAGGACAUGGGAAGAGAAUACAAAUGAACGCAAAUGUCUCUCUUGCCUCCGUCCAGGCAAUCUGUUAAGUAAAAAAGCCUAGAGAGUGAAAGUCAUGCUAUGUAUUAACUGUUAGUGAGCCAUAGUGGAAUGUGAGACAUAUUUACCAACUCAACAAAUGUUGAGUUGUCUGUUUAGUGCCUAGAAUAGGUAAAGAGCAGUCUCUUUGUUUGAGCAGGGCCCUCAAGACCCUCUGUUACUGUGCGUUCAAUUUGUCUUGUUGCAGAUGCUUGUCUGUUAGUUCACACAUUGUUUUUGGUGCUUUAUAAAUUAUAAAAAUAUUGAUAAUAAUGAAAUAAAAAAAUAAUUAAGUGGAGAGCUUCAAUUUUGGAAAUGGUAAAUCUAGGUUUCUUUAACAAUCUAUUUAAAAAUGAAUUUUCAUCAAGAUUUAAAAAACGACUUUUGGAUAAGUUAUCGCCUACAUUAAUAUUUGUCUUUAUUCUCUCCUCCAGUAGUUUCUUAUUUAAAUCACUAUGUACAAUUUCAGUAAGCAGGGGUUCAUGCUGCCCCUAUAAUACAGUCCAUAUCAUGCUUAUCUCUGUGCUCCACUGGCCAAGUAAUUAACUACUACCAACUUAAAUUGAAAUUUCUAGUUUUAGGUUAUAAUAGCUGCAUUGGGAAAUACUCGGUCAUUUUUAGGAAAAAAUAGCAAUGUUUUCAGUUUAGCGAUGGUGGCAUAAAACAGGAAAUUUUACAAUGAAUUCAUCUUGAAUUACAAACAAUUCACACUUUUGUGAGCAAUCUCAACAAUCUAACAAUUCUUACAUUUUCACAAUAAAUUAAAAUCCUCCUGUAGUAAUGGGUAGCAACGUUCUUUAAAAUAUAUAUCUUUUUACUGUUUGUAAAUUUGAUCAAUAUCACAUUUAUACUGUUUUCUUAAAGUAAACUGGUUAUCAAAUAGUUGAUCUCUAGUCAAAAACAUUUAUACAAUUCAUGUAUGUGUAAUAAUAGACUCAACUUACAUCAUUCCAUGUUAGAUUGACGUUUCCUGGCACCCCACCCAAUGUACACAUGAGGACUACUUUAAUUCUAUGAUACACUGUAGAAGAAAUUUGGUAUAUAUAUUAUAGAAUAAAAUCACUUGCUUCCUCGUGAAUACCAGGACCCAAGGUUUCCCAGCAGAACAUUGCUCAGAGCAUAACACUGCCUCCUCCAGCCUGCCUUUUUUCCCUAAGUGCAUCCUGCUACCAUCUCUUCUCCAGGUAAAUUACGCGCACACACACGGCUUUCCACCUGAUCUAAAAGAAAACAAGAUAUAUCAGAUCAGGCAACCUUAGUCCAUUGCUCCAUUGUCCAGUUCUUAUAAUCACCUCCACAUUAAAGGCUCUUUUGGCGAUGAAUAUGGAUACUUUGACCGCUCUGCAGCUUUGCAGCCCAAUAUGCAGCAAACUGUGAUAUACUUUGUGUUCUGACACCUUUCUAUUAUGACCAACAUUAAGUUUUUUUCAGAAAUUUGAGUUACAGUAGCUCUUCUUUGUGAUUGGACCAGACCAUGCAUGCAUCACUGAGUCUUGGGAGCCCAUGACCCUGGUGUCGGUUCAAUAGUUGUCCUUCUUUGCAUCAUUUUUGGUAGGUACUAGCCACUUGCAGUUUUGGAGAUGCUCUGACCCAGUCAUAUAGCCAUCACUAUUUGACCCUUGUCAUAGUCACUCAGAUCUUUUCGCUUGCCCAUUUUUCCUGCUUCCAACACAUGAAAUUGAAAAGAACUGACUGUUCACUUGAUGUCUAAUAUAUCCAAUAUAUCCUCCAGGUUCCAUUGUAACAAUAUAAUUAAUGCUAUUAACUUCACCUGCCAGUGGUUUCAAUGUUGUGGCUGAUCUAGGUAAAAUGUGCUGAUUUACAAAUCAUCUCAUAUUCUGCUGUAGUCAAAACCUCCCUAUUUUAUCAUCAAUUUUACAAUUCAGUUUUCAGUUCAGUAUAAUUUAGUUAAUAAACUCCAUUGCAGCUUUCAUUUUAAAAGAAUCUUCAACUUUUCACUGUAUUAUCACAGUUUGUUGGUAUUAGAAGGUUACUCCAACUGCUACGUGCACUACUGCUUUUAGAAGUGGUUAUGGUGGUAGGAAUCUGUAUGUACAGUAUUUCUAUUUGAAUACAUACAGAGAUAUACUUUUGUGAAGGGGGCUAGUAUCCCCCAUGUCACACGUGACUCAACAGACAUAACAAUGGAAGUGUGCCUGCAAGCGGAAGCUUGAAUCUCCCUUUCCUUUCUUCUUUCAGCCCUCCCGGCCUCCCUGUAAUAUUCAAUGUGCCUCCAUUUCUAAAAAAAAAACCCUCUGCUUUCCUCCCCUGUACACCCAUAUGGACUGGGGAAGGAAGGAGAUAAAGUAGGAGAAUGCGCGCAUGCACUCUGAGCCUGUGAGAUCAGUCCAAUCAAAUGCUUCUCCUGGAUUCCAGAUACAUUUAUUCUUAUUUAUGAAGGUUUAUUUUAAAAUUAACUGGGGAGAAGUGAAUAAUGCCCAAUAGGACAUCAGAAAUGAAAAUCGUUUUGCAAAAAACGUUUGGAGUAACCCUUUAAGAAUAUAUUAGUAUUAUGAUAAAAUUUUAUUGAAUCAAUCGUGAAAAUGUUAGAAGAUUGAUAUAUUGAAUUUUAAACAACACCCUACAUUUGUAAAUGGCAGAUUAUUUUUAACUCUUGCUUGGUAUAUUGAAAUAUUUGUUAGAUCAUUUUUGUUACUAAUUGUCAGUCUUCCGUAAUCUGUCGAGAAAUAGCUGGCUUUGAUUAACGCAGUAGUUUUAUACACUUGCAAAUGUCUACAUUUCAGCUAAUGAACAAAACAUUCAAGGCUCAUUUCCAAUAUUGUCGGUAAAUAUCUGCUGUAAGCUGGUGUUAAUAACAACAGCUGGCGCACAUUAGAAGCCACAAGUUUCCAACUUUAACCCCCUACGUUUACCGUCUACCGCUGGCUGGUAACGUCUACUGCAAUUAAUUCUGAUCACUGGAUAGUGUUUACCAAUGCCCAUGUAACAAUAAAUUACCAUAGCAACUGCAACAGGAAACAUUUCUAAUUAACCCUUUCGGUGCUUCAGUGGAAAGCAUGGAAAUUGGGCAUCUGCUGGGCCAUGAUCUGUGAAGCAAUUUAACAAGCCCAGGAGACUGUGUACCUUCUGGUUCCUGAUGUUUUUGGGUUAGCGUUAAUGAGUUAGUCACAUACCAGGUUAAUUGUAUGGGCACAGAAAAAUGGUCAUUAUCUGGGCCAGGUUAUUACUAACCUUCACCUCUUUGCACAUGGGGUGAUAGAUGGGCUAGGGGCCACUCAUCAGGCCUUACCCAGUAAUAUUGAGGUCCAAUGUGGCCUGACUUUUUAAUUUAAUUUCAUUAAAAAUAUAUAUUUGUAUUAAAAGAGAGAGACAGUGUGUGCGUGCUCUGAUUGGCUCUGUCUGUAGGAUAUAUUGGGGCCUUUGCAGUUGUUAAUAGUUUUUGCCUAUAUCCAACAGGCAGAGGCAGGUUUAAAACUUUAAACAUUAAAAGAGGCAGCCGGUAAAAUUUAGUGACAAUCUUGGUUACAAAUCAGUAACUAGAUGUUAAAAGCUCUCAUGGUAGUCUAUGGGAGGCAUUAAUAGUAUAUUAGACAAUAAUUAGCAGUCACUAUAAGGAGAUUUUGUUGCUGAGAAACAACCAGUACUCGCCAAAGUUAGUUGCAGUUACUUUAGUGAGUAACAAAACUAAGCGGUUUUCCUGACACUAUAGUGCCCUGAAGGUGCCCCCACCCUCAGGGUCCCCCUCCCGUGGCGCUGAAGGGGUUAAAACCCCUUCAGCAGCUUACCUUUUUCCAGGUGACCUCUCCUCCCCCGCCAACGUCAGCUGAGACGAAUGCGCAUGCGCGGCAAGGGCCGCACGCACAUUCAAGCUGUCAAUAGGAAAGCAUUUUUCAAUGCUUUCCUAUGGACGCUCUGCGUGAUGGAGGCAUUAAAUGCCUCCAGCGUCGCAGAUGCACCUCUAGUGGCUGUCGAGAAGACAGUUACUAGAGGCUGGCUUAACCAUGCAAUGUAAACAUAGCCGUUUCUCUGAAACUGCUAUGUUUGCAUCUGCAGGGUUAAAACCUGAGGGACCUGGCACCCAGACCACUUCAUUGAGCUGAAGUGGUGUGGGUGACUAUAGUGUCUCUUUAAUCUCUUGAAUUGGUUGUAGUACAUGGAGUCCUGUGGUGCUGUCCCUCCAUUCAGUGUUAAACCAUUUUAGAGCAGUUUAACACUAAAUAAGGGUCUCUGGCCACCCACAGUCCGGCCCCUUCAUACUGUCCAUUAGAGCUCUGAUAGGCUAAAAGCAGUCAGCUGACACCCUCAGCCAAUCACAGCUGACCAUUGCUGCUCAGGCUAACACUUCCUCAUUAGCUAAAGCAGCUCAGAGGGGAGGGGCUGCUGGGGAGUCUCAUUUAGCAUUUAAACAUACAAACAUUGCAAACGGUUUAAUUCUGAAUACAAUGAUGGCUCCAGGGAACUCCAGACCCUCUAAUCAGUUUAAUGAGAUGAAGCAGUUACAGAGCCUACUGUAUCCCUUUAAUAGGUAAACAUUAGCGGUAACACUGGAAACAAGCCCUGUUGGACAAAGGAGGAAGUAAGACGCUAUUUUGAGAAACUAAAUAUUUGGUUUAAUAAAAACAUAACGUGCAGACAUACACCCCCAUACAAUUAUAGCUCAUAUAAUUACUGUGAUACACUUAGUGAUACAUUGUAUGCACUUUGAAAAUAUUAACAGGUUUAUAACAGAUAAAAGCUAAAAACAAAAGUAUCAUAUGUUUUCUUUUUUUUCUGUAUGUUAAUAUUAUUGGAUAUCACUAUAGUAUGUACUGCUGGGAAAAGUGCACAACAGGUAACGUGUAUUCUCCAAAUAAAGAGGAUGGUGCAAAUGAUAUGAAAGUGUUAAAGAAGCGAUAAUGUAGAAAGUGAAGUGUGUAAUUUAUCAGCAGUGAAAGGGUUUCCUGGGCCUGAUAAACAGGUGCUUGGCAAGACAGUUUUGAUGAGGGAAAAAAUGCAUUUGUCAGUUGUGUAUGAACUUCUGCACAACCGAUCAACAUCAACAUGUUAGCAACUUUAAUGAUGUGUAAUAUCUGUUAAAUCGAGAUAUCCAGAGGUUAAGACUUUAUCCUCCUUGGAUCUCAUCAUAGAAUUUGAAUAUGUUUGACCAAAGGCCUGCCCAGAAAAGGUGGCCAUCUUAUUUUAGCAGCAUUACAGCAAGGAUUUUAACAAUAUUGUGCCAGAAUCUUAUCCUAGAUACACUAUCUCAACAAAAUAUAUAUAUAUUGCUUGUGGUGCUAGCAUGCCGGUCGUAAAGUUUGAGCAGUCAUAAAAUAAGGGUCCACUGAGCUGGCCACCUGAUGACAGUCACCACAUUUGGCAUAUUGAUAUUGUGAAAGUUUCAUUGUCUACGUAGCAACGUCAAUUUUAUGCGAAUUUGGACUGAACUGAUAUUGAGAUGCAGUGUUUAUAGUGCUUAGAUUGCUCUUUUAAUGAAAAGACAUUCAUGUACAACUACAUUAAUGUACCCUAAUACAUAUGCACUCACAACAGACACAUAUACAUAAACACACACAUACAUAAACACACAUACACCUACCCACACACAGUGGAGUUAGAUUAUUACUGCAUCCAAUUUAGUCUUAUCUAUUAUAGAUGGUUGGGUUAAUUGAGCUAAACAGUUCCUUUACCAAUAAACAUUCUAGUUCUGCAGGACCUUUCUGAACAUAAAAAAAAAUAAAUUAAAACAUUAAAGAAAACUAAUGGAGCUAAUUAAUAAUCAUAUAAGAGAACGCCCAAAGAAAUGGGGAUAACCACUAAAUAGUCAGAAAACUUGUGUUUCUCAUAGGUGAGCUAGUCAGGAUACCCUGCCGAGACCAAAGUGGCUGAUAGAAAUGCAAAAGAAAAAUUUAUUCAAAACACAAUGAAACUUUAUUGAAAUAUACUCUCAAAGCAACACACAACACAAACGCCUUAAUUAAAAUAGAGGUGGUAUAUAAACAUAUACUGACAAAUCUAUAUACAGAACAACAAGGGUACAAAGCACUAGAAGCGUGUUAAACGUAGAUUCCACACACACUAAAGUAGAGUGCUAUCAGGUACUUAAAGAGCUGGUCUGUUGGAGAUGCUUAGUGUUAAAAGAUAAUUUUGUCAGAUUCCUGAGAUACAAAGCUCUGAUACCUUUGAGAAACACCUUUCUAAAAAAAUAAAUUGUUCCUCAUUUCAUAUUAUUAUCUCUACAGCAAGAACUGACAUUUUCUUCUUGUGGGAAUACGGCAAACUAUUGAAGCCUCAUUCCUAGGCCACACUUCCUCAGUAAAAGAGCUUUGUUGUGGUGAAGGUGGAAAGUUAGAAGCUGACAAGAAGGAUGGCCGAGAAAUGGGAGCUGGAUAGUUGUGUGAGGUGUUAACUGCCCUUGGAUAAAGACACUGCCACAUCUUCAGAUCUCCAUUACGUAUUUUGCUCAUAAUGUUGCUAUUUCGGUCUGAAUGUCACCUAUAAAACCAGAGGUCUCGCUCUCCCAGGGUGCUGCAAAUAUCUGCUUCACUAGAUAAUCUUUGAUUUAUAGACUAGUGAGGCCCAGGGUUUAGAGUGAGUCUGCAAUCUGCCUGGGGAGUUUCCAGCCAAGAAACCGUGCUCUGGUUUGGCAGUACAUCGGGGAAUUUGUGUGUCCAGUAGUGGGGUGGAGAGUGGGCUUAACCCCUCAAUUACAAGUAACGCAUCAGCUGGGUGUGAAUCACUCGGGAUGCACGAAGGAAGAAUAACCAAAUGCUAAUAAGUUUGCCCAAACUGAAAAAAAUGUUCAAUAUUGGCAUGUAGCUGCUAAAUACAAGUUCCAUAAACCUUUUUCAGUCACUGUGUGUUUUUGGCUGUUGCAGGUUUGCGUGACUUAUAGAAUUGUAGGACUGUAGAAUUUCUUUUUGCUGGAUGUCUUGUAUUUGACAACCUCUGGCUUGUCAAAUACAAGAUGGAAGCUUUACACAGUUCACCAUGUGGACUCUGUCAUAUUAUAAUGAUUAGCAUUUAUAUAGCGCCAACAUAUUCUGCAGCGCAGAAGGGGGAAAGGGGAGGAGGUGAAGAAAGCCCUGCUCAAACAAGUUUUCAAUCUAUGAGGAUUUGAGGCAUGCAGAGGUUCUAACCAGCCAAUAUACAAAUAAACCAGGCAGGAAAGGUAACAUUUUUCCAUUUUACUGCACCCAGGUAAACAGGCAAUUUUUAGCAAUACUUUAUCUGCAGGCUACAAACUCCCAGCAUGCUCAGCGACACCAGAAAUGCCCUUCCGAUUGUCACAUAUCUGACAAGAGGUAGCUCACCUAUUUAUUUUCUGCAUUAGAUUGUAUUUAGGUCAGAUCUCCUAAAUGUAUAUAAUUCGGCUUAGCACAACUAAUAAAAGGACAGCCGUAAAACCAUUGCAACUCAACUGUUUCCAAAUUCACGUGAAGCCGAGCAAGCUCACACUCCUAAUGAUCAGAGGGAUUUUCCAUUGGUUAGAAGAGCUUACAAGUAAUAAGACUGGAUCUUGAAGGUGUCGCUGUAGGGAGUAUUUUUAUAUUUUUUCUUAUAAUUAUGUGAUUUGCAGAACAGUUGAAAAUAGAUCACAGUGGCAGUAUUUGUUUUCAUUGUCAUAUAACGUAGCUUAGAACUCAUACUAAUUACAUGCAUUGGCCUCUGUAUAUAAGCACUGCACACAAAAACAUCAUGGACAUUAACGGACGACCAGAGGGUGAGUGAUACCAUUAGCAGUCUUGCGGAGCGUAGAAGUGGUUUCAUUAGCCCCGUUGCUUGUCACACUCCUUUUAAUAUGUGCCGUUUCCUUUACAUGAACUACAUGUAAAGAAGCAAGAUAAGUAUCAUGGGACAUAUGGUAACUAGUAAAAGUGAUAAAACUUAUAAAAUAUAAAAAUUAACUAUUGCACUGUGGAUAUUUGCAGAAUGCAUUCUGCUUUAUGCCCAACAAUCAAAAGCCAGAGUAAGUAUCAUAGGUUUUUGUAAUAUGUAAAAAAAAACUUGUUAAUUAGGACAUGGGAAAAAGUGGCUAGAAGACAAUGGCUGAACUUUUCCUUGCAGGUGUUAGAGGGGCACAUUUUCCAUUAUGACCAGCCAAAACAACAUACUGAUGGUAUUCCACUAAUUUUAGACCAGAGACUUUAAGGGCACCUGUUUGUCAGGACUUGCUCAUGUCCCAGAAGUUUAACCCCUUAAGGACCAAACUUCUGGAAUAAAAGGGAAUCAUGACAUGUCACACGUCAUGUGUCCUUAAGGGGUUAAAGAAAAAACCAAAAACAUUGAAUUAAACAGUUUUGUUUGUUCAUUUACGUGCAAAAAAUAUUAUUUAGAUUUGCCUUCAAUCCCUUCACAUUUCAGAUUAAAUAUUUAAUUUACUCAAUUGAAUUAUGUUGGUGCUAUUUCUCACUAAUAUAUGAAUCAGAGGCGAUUAUAAUGUAUUUUCCAUUUUGUAGUUCACUAGAAUGACCUCAGUGUGCUUCAUUCCAUUUCAUACUGUCAUUCUUUUUCUUGGUUUCAGACCUAGGUUUCUAUUGCCCCAUGGAUUUCAACCUUCUGACCGAUUCUGAGGCACGGAGUCCGGCCUUGUCUUUAUCUGAUUCAGGCACUCCACAACAUGACCACAGCUGCAAGGCUCAGGAACACAGUGGUAAGUAGACAUCUGGGACGUGUCAGGGAAAUCAUCUCACACAAAGUAUUCCUUUAUCGGACAACGUCCUUGCAUCAAAACAUUUGUAGGCCUUAAUAUUAACUGCAGAGUCUGAUAUACGCAGACCUUUUAUUUUAGCAGAAGAAAGCACUGUAAAGCAAAAUCCAAGUAGAGAGUUGGAGAGUCAUGAAGGAGUUAAGCAACAGUAUUAUUAUUUAUUUAUUUUCAAUUAAAUGGGAACAUAUAUUUUAAAAGCAUUAUUUUAACUCCUUGCCCACCAAGCACUUUUCAAUGGAAAAAAAAUUUGCAUUACAUUUAUUUAAAGCAAGAAAUGCAUUGUUAGCAUCUAAACAUCAAAGCACAGCAAUUUUGUGUAUUGAUUGCUUUGCUGACAAACUUGAAAAUUAAGAUUACGUAAAUUUUGAAAAUCUUUAUUUUUCACUAAUUCAGUCAAUCAAUAUAAAUAUUUUGGAAAUGAAAAACUUUAGACAGCAUACAGUGUCUUUUAUCUCGCAAAAUGACAUAGGGUCUGAAAUGUUUGUAUCAAUGCAAAAAUAACAUUUGUCUCACACAUAAAAAUACAACGGAGGAGUAAGAAAAAUAGAUAGGAGUGACAAAAAUAGAUACAUAAAAAUGGCCAAAUAUGUGGUUUAUAUAUAUUUGUAAGGACCCUGAAAGCAUUACUUGCAGUACAUCUUAGUAAAAAUGGCAACCAAAUUUAAAAGGAAUGUCUACAUUUGAGCAUAAUCCCUGCUUACAGUAAUAACAGUUUAAUCAUAUAUUUCUAAAUAAAAUUAUUUAAAACUGCUAUAGCAAUCUUUAUUAAUCUCUGGAAUGCUAACAGUGAAAUGGUAGAGUCCAUUCACUCCUCCCCCUGGUGAUACCUCUUCUCAGGUCCAACUACCUAUCCUGCUUUACAUGCUCCCACUGUCUGAUUUAUGCUGUAGAAAUGGUAUGAUCCAUGGAAACGUCAUGUCUGUUUGAAAGCAGGGGGUGUGCCUACAUAUGCAAACAGACAUUAUGGCUGGCAGAGAAAUGUGUUCCAGUACAGACUGCUAACCAUUUCUAGAGUACAAAUGAGGGUGAGUGAGAGUUUAUUGACUACAUUUCAUUUUGCUAAAUACUACAUGUAAUUAAAAACAUUUAUACUCGAUUUUGGUGCAUAAUAAUGCCAAUAAAAUCAUGAAAUUAACAUUUCAAAUUAGAAAAGAAGAAAUGUAUUUUCGUACAAGAGUAAUAAACAUUAUCGGUAAUACAAGUGGGUAUCGUACAAGAAGUUGAGGGUAGCAUACUCCCCUCAGGAGCCCCUCAGGAGCUUACAGGUAUGAAAGAAAAGCAAUAUUAUAUUCAUCAAUCAAUUACAAAUGAGAAGCAGAAAAACAAAUACAGACAAAGUCCUUAAGUCAUGUAGUCAUUACGUAUUUUAUUAACUUCUGUCAAUAAUAUACCUGUAAGUUUUUCAAUAUGGUUUUGUAUUAUUUUAUUAUUGACAUUACAAAAUAUAUUUGUCUAUUAAAAAGUGUACAGUUAUUUGUCAGACAUAUCCAUUUUACUGUGAACGUAGUGAUUCAGAAUUGAGUGCAGUUAAGUCUUGUGUAUACAUAGAGAUUUAAAAAUUAUCUGGGGAAACUUAUAACAGCAUUUUAGAAAUUGGUGGAAUCACCAAUGAAACCAAGCAAAUCAUCGAGGACGACGAGGACAUUCGAUUUCAUUUCGUGAUCAUGGCUUUAUUUUUAGAGCUUUGUCUAACUUUUCUGGUAGCAGCAUAUAUAUAAAUGUCUGCUAUAGUUCUAUUUGUCAUGCUCUAAGUUUCUAGUCGGUGUCAUUUGUUUUCCCAUGUGGCACUUGUUGAUUUGUCAUGAUAUCUAUUUCUGUAAUGAGACUCCCAUCCGUGAUGUCUUCAUAUGUUUUCGUAGUACACUGGUUUUAAAAAGCAGGAGGAAGCAGACCACAUGACAUGAACAGGGUUAUGCACUAAAACAAGAAUUGUCAGAAAUCGUACAGGAAAUUUCACAUUUUAACACAGGCUAAAAAAGUAUCUGUGUUUCCGAAUUUUUCUGAUUUGGCUACAUUAUCCUAGAAUUGAAAAUUCCCUGAUCAUUUCCAAAUAUUCCCCACCACAAGGAAUGCAUGGUGUCAAUAGGUUUCAGCAGAAACUUUAAGUAAUAUUAAUAAAUAAUUAAGUCAUUCAGGGGGUCAGUCUACUAUACUGCGCUAGGGUUAGGUUUAGCAAAAGGGUUAGGUUACAGUUCAGGUUACACAUAAUAAUAUGAAUAAUACACUAAAUAAUUACAAUAUAAUAAUUACAGAAUUUUAUAAAAUUAUGAUUAUAAUUAAUACUGAGAUCAGUUUUAACCAAUCUGCAGGCUUCAGUUGUGUAAUGCAAUUUUAUAUAAUUAUUAUAAUUAUAAUUAAUACUAACUGUUUCAGUUUUAUAAUGAAAAUAUAUCCAAUCACAUAAAUAUAAACAUUCUUAGUAUCUUAGAUUUGUUUAAUUUAAUUUGACAGGUUGAUUUAAUUAUUUAUCUAAAUUAGAGAUUUGUUAUAUAUUUAUAUAAUGGCACCCAGAAAAGUAAUGUAAUAGUUUAUAGUGUAAUAUUUAUUUUAACUAAAGACAAACAAACACUUCCUUACAUGUUGUGUUGCACUGAAUUUAAAAAAAACCAAUAAAAAAAAUUCAGUUAAUCAGUUACAUAAAUAUUAGGGGUAUAUAUCAUGAAUAAUUACACUGUACCCUUGUCUUGUUAUAAUUCAGAAUUAUACCACUUUUGAAGAUGUAAUAAUUAUUUUAAUUCUCUAAAAUUACUCCAGUAGCCUUUUCUCAUGAUUUUAGAGUUACAUUAUCACAGCACCCCCUGGUGGUUAUUUUAGAAUAUGAUAAAAAAAAAAAAAGACAAAUGUUUACAUUAAUUAGUAGCAGAAAUAGAAGAUUAACUUGUUAGCUAAAUGAAAAACUGAUAUCACUCUUCGUCUAUGAGUUAAAUCAUGAUUCCAGCUGUGCAGUAAAUCUGAUAGUAUAGUCCGCAAAUCUCUGCAUGCAAUGUGAAGAGAAAAUUUGCAUCCACAAUCAGGAUGCUCCCAUCUCUGCAUAUAUACCAUACUUUUAAUUGCUACUGCACCCAAAGAGCAGACCCAUUUAUGCAACAUGUGCAGGUAAAUAAUCAAAUGAGAACUCCUCUCUAGACCUCCAGUCUGUUUUUUUUUUUUUGCAGAUUCCUCCUGCUUCUGUUAAUUAUCUUAAUGGGUUUGUCACAGUUUAUUAUUUGACUUAUUUUGCUUACCCAUUGUACAGUGUAGAUGAUUGCUCUCUAGAUUAUAGUCAUAAAAAGUAAGCUUUAAAAUGUAAGAAUAUUAUCCUGCUUUUUUGGAAUCUUUGCUAAACAGGGACCUUAUGGAGAACUGAGAAUAAUCUAAAAUUUAGGCCAGCAUGUGCUAAAAUGUGCUAUUCAUUUUUCAAUUAUGUGUUCUUCUUACUGUUUUUAUUUUUUAUUCCAAUGCAAAAUACAGCUUUUUUAGUGGAACUCUUUAACAUUGGUCUAGUUGGGGAUUUUAUGCCAAUGAAACAUCCAAUGAAACAUUUAAAAAAAAUUUUCCCAGUCUGGUUAAUAGCAUUUCAAGAACAAGAAAAAGUAAUGGCAACACUGUCCAUGACAGAUAACUCUUCAACUAUCUGUACACAGAUUGGUGCAAGGGAGUUGAAACUCCAUAUUUGUUCUCCAAGCCCUUCCCGAUAACUAAGUCAUCUUGAGGAUGUCUCGUCAUUUCUUUUUCAUUUGCCCUACUUAUACUUGAGACUUGUUGUCAUGCUAAACAGAUUUUUGUUUGUGGUUGGAAGGUCCACUCAUCAGGCUGUUGGUGGGCAAUGAUUAUUUAAUUAGUUUUAUAUUUAAUGUUGGCCUGCUGCAACUUGUUUAGUGUUUUUAACUGUAUGUGCUUAUGUGUUUAUACUUUCACUGUACCUAAUUGUAAUCCUGUUGGACAGAAAAUAACUGUGAAGAAAAAAAGCUAGACAGUCAGGUGGCAUCAUUAAGUUCUCCAACAGUAGUGCAUGAAAUGCAUACUGAGCUUCUGGUUCAAGCAGAGAAAUGUGUUAUUUAGACCUUUAUAUCUUGAUAAUGGCAGACUUCUCUGGAUUAUUGACUCUGGCCUCAUUGUUCCAGAUUAUUAUCGAUUUAUCUACAAAUAGACUAUUUUCGCAUGAGUUCACUAAAGGUAAUACUGGAUAAAUUGUGAUAGAGUAAUUGGCAAUUUCACACUGGUGUAUAGACAGAUUGAGUUGGAAGUCUCGCCAAUCAUAUACAUGUAAGAACUCUAACCUCAUCCUCACCACUACGUAAUAGAUCAGUGGGUGCACUUAAACCCUACACUUAAACUCCAAAAUAUAUUACCUUGUGUUUUCAUCCUUGUUUUGUUUUAGUGAUACAGAUCUAUCUUCCCUAGAUCUGUAGCCCCACAUAAUUAAGUCGGAGUCUUAGAAUUGCUUUGUAACACUAAAAAUGCUUUUGACGACAAUAAUUAGAUGGAAUGCCAAUAAAACAGAAGACUAAUGCAAAUGCACAGAACAUUUGAGAUUUUAUAGGCGUCAUGGCUAAUCGUUGUAUGGUUAAAAUGGGCGCACAGACUAGAAGAUAAUAUUCGUACUUAGACUGGAAGAUAAUAUUCGUACUUAGUCUAAAAGAAAAAUGCCAUCUCAAACCUCUGCAGUGUUAUAAAUACCAAUGGUAUUAAUAAUAUCCCAGCUCACAUAUCUGUGAUACAUUAAACUCAAUACGUAUAGUCAAAGUUAACAUGUUGUUAUCCAGUCAGAAAAUCCUUUUUUUUGUCCAGUGAGUUGUUGAUUGUAAUAAUGGUACUGGAUUUCAGGCUAAAAGGGGGCUAUUUAUACAGAGCAAUUCUGGAGCUAAGCUCUAAAAAUUGAAAAAUCCACCAACAUUCCAUUGCUUUCCAUAGAAGAUUACUCAACUUUUAGAAUUGUGUUCUUUAUCCAAAACAUAGAUAACAGUCACCACAAAGAUUAGUAUAGUCAUAGAGAAGAACUACUUAUUAAAACACUGUUUUUGGUUGUAGUUACCCUUGCUGGCAUGGUCCCCCCAUAAAAAAAAAAAAAAUCCAAACCAUUAAAGAGACAAGCAAUAAACUCACAUUAGUUCCCAUUUUGGAGGCCAGGGUCUCCCUGCAGCUUGAUCCUCCUCCAGUUAGUAAAUACUGCCAUUUUAUUUCAGAAAAUUCCAUGAAGAUAGCAGGAGCUUUUUAGAUAACUCAGAGGUUAAACUGUUGAUUACUCUCAGCCUAUCAUAUGCUGCCUGUGAAAACCUUACUCAUACUGCAGACGAAGGAAGCUGGGGAAGGGGGCAGCCAUGUUGUGUGACAUAGGGCCAACAUGAAGGUAAGAUGGUGCUCAGAUAUUGCUGUACCCAUAGCAACUUCAGUGAGCUGAAAUUGUUAUUGGGGUGGGAGUGUUCUUUUAAUUAUUAGUUCCCCUCAGAAACUUCACAUAUAUAACAUAUACAUUAUCAAAGUAAAAAGUUAUACCGCUAUGUACAGUGAGGGAAAAAAAGUAUUUGAUUCCCUGCUGAUUUUGAAUGUUUGCCCGCUGACAAAGAAAUGAUCAUAAUUUCAUAAUAAUGUCUAUAAUUAUAAUGGUAGGUGUAUUUUAACAGUGAGAGACAGAAUAACAAAAAUAAAAUCCAGAAAAACGCAUGUCAAAAAAGUAAUAAAUUGAUUUGCAUGUCAAUGAGUGAAAUAAGUAUUUGAACCCCUAUCAAUCAGCAAGAUUUCUGGCUCCCAGGUGUCGUUUAUACAGGUAACGAGUUGAAAUUAGGAGCACUCUCUUAAAGAGAGUGCUCCUAAUCUCAGCUUGUUACCCGCAUAAAAGACACCUGUCCACAGAAUCAAUCAAUCAAUCAAUCAGAUUCCAAACUCUCCACCAUGGCCAAGACCAAAGAGCUGACCAAGGAUGUCAGGGACAAGAUUAUAGACUUACACAAAGCUGGAAUGGGCUACAAGACGAUCGCCAAGCAGCUUGGUGAGAAGGUGACAACAGUUGGUGCGAUCAUUCACAAAUGGAAAAAAAUAAAUAAUUGUCAGUCUCCCUCGGUCUGGUGCUCCAUGCAAGAUCUCACCUUGUGGAGUUUCAAUGAUCAUGAGAAAGGUGAGGAAUCAGCCUAGAACUACAACAGGAUCUUGUUAAUGAUCUCAAGGUACUUGGUACCAUAGUCACCAAGAAAAGAAUUGGCAACACACUACGCCGUGAAGGACUGAAAUCCUACAGCGCCAGCAAGGUCCCCCUGUUUAAGAAAGCACAUGUACAGGCUUGUCUGAAGUUUGCCAAUGAACAUCUGAAUGAUUCAGAGGAAAACUGGGUGAAAGUGUUGUGGUCAGAUGAGACUAAAAUCGAGCUCUUUGGCAUCAACUCCUAUGACCCCAAGAACACCACCCCACCAUCAAACAUGGAGGUGGAAAGAUUAUGUUUUGGGGGUGUUUUCUGCUAAGGGGACAGGACAACUGCACUACAUUAAAUGGACGAUGCAUGGGGCCAUGUACCGUCAAAUCUUGGGUGAGAACUUCCUUCCCUCAGCCAGGGCAUUGAAAAUGGGUUGUGGAGCGGUAUUCUAGCAUGACAAUGACCCACAACACACAGCCAAGGCAACAAAGUAGUGGCUCAAGAAGAAGCACAUUAAGGUUCUGCAGUGGUCUAGCCAGUCUCCAGACCUUAAUCCCAUAGAAAAUCUGUGGAAGGAGCUGAAGGUUUGAGUUGCCAAACGUCAGCCUCGAAACCUUAACGACUUGGAGAAGAUCUGCAAAGAGGUGUGGAACAAAAUCCCUCCUGAGAUGUGUGCAAACCUGGUGGCCAACUACAAGAAACGUCUGACCUCUGUGAUUGCCAACAAGGGUUUUGCCACCAAGUACUGAGUCGAAGGGGUCAAAUACUUAUUUCACUCAUUGACGUGCAAAUCAAUUUAUAACUUUUUUGACAUGUGUUUUUCUGGAUAUUUUUUUUCUGUGAUUCUGUCUCUCACUGUUAAAACACACCUAACAUUAAAAUUAUAGACUGAUCAUUUCUUUGUCAGUGGGCAAACGUUCAGAAUCAGCAGGGGAUCAAAUACUUUUCGCCUCACUGAAUGCACAACAACCAACCAUGUGAAGUUUAUUCCAUUCUACAUCAAUUUAUCUCCCCUCCAUUAUCUUAUACUGAAGAGUUAUAAUGUAAUACAGAGCUUUCAGACAUUGAUUUUGCGUGAUACAUUUGUGUUUUAAGAGAAUUAAAUCAUUUAUACUGGCAAUGGUAACAUCCUUUAUAUGAAUUUUUUUUCCACCAUGUGUCCUGAACAUAAUUUUUGCUUUGUGUCCUCACUUCCACAUGAUUACCCAUAAUCCCUGUCUCUUCAUUAUGUGGUGUAUGUCAAUGAGAGAAUACUGCAGAGCUGGAACAGUCAAAGUGCAAAGCAAACAUGCUAGUCAGCUCUCUAUUGUUACUCUACCAUUAGAUGAAAUUUGACUACUGACCUUCAUCACAGAGGCUUAUUUAGUGCUGUGUUUUCUUUUCCAAGAAGCUUAAUUGUGUUAUUUUGUAAUCUCCCAUAAGAUAAAAAUAACUUUUAUUUCUGUGUGAGUGUUCCCCUUUAAAAGAUGCCGAAUGCUAAUAAAUCCACCACGAAUAUACCGCAGAGCCAAACACAUGGGCCAAGUAUUUUUAUUUUAUCCCUAGUACUUAAAGAGGGAUAUUUAACCCAAAUACUUUCCACUGAUUUUUUUUUUAAAGGGCACACAUAGGAACGUAGACUUUUGCUUUUGCUGCACAUUACUUAUCUCAAUUGUAUUAAAAUCUGUGAAAAUAUUAUUAACUACAUUUCUUAAUUAUGUUACACUCAAAUAUUACCUUCAUAGCUGUCAGCUGUCCCCUACGUCGUAAAACCACAGUUAAAAAUACAAAUUAUAAUAAAUAUCAAAUAUUACAGACAAUUAAUGCUCCAGCCCCCACUAGUAUCACAGUUAUUUUGACAUAGUUAUCGGUGCUCAUGCAAAGUGUGAGGAGAUUUGUAACACAGUGCUUUUAGGGACACCCGAUAUAAACUUGUGUACAUAACUAAAACAAAAGGUAAUUUGAUAACAUGUUCUAAUGACUAAAAAAGUUCUGAGACAGAUUAGGAAAUAGGAAUUUGAGCAUAUUACUCAACUGAAGUAGCCAAACCAUUCUACAACAAUUUGACUUUUACAUGGGGGCAUUAAGCCUCUCUGCAGCCUCCAGGUCGGCCAAAAACUCCAGCUAAGGAGGUCCCUUAGCAAUCCUUGGCAGUGUAGAGCCAGAUCAUUGGUUAAGAGCAUCAGCUGAUCUCUCUCUGCCAAUGGGCUAAGCCUUACUCUGGCACCAUAACCACUGCAGCAUGCUUAAGUUUUCCUAUAUGCAUGAUUUUAAAUAAGUAUCUAUCCCUAAAUAAACAUACAUGAUUGCAAAAUUGAAAUGAAAAAUUCUAAAAAUAAAAAAACAAAAAACCUUUCAGUUAUUUUACAUAUCAGUAUCUAUAGUAGGGAUACAUACAGAAUUUCUACUGUUUCUCCUUUAGGGCAGUGUUUUCUCCAAUUUCUACUUCAAAUGUCUUUAUUUCUAUGACUUUUUAAUAAAUGCGGACAUGGAGUAAGGUUAUUAAGAUGUUAUGAAUAUGUUACAGUGUUGUUAAAAAAAGAACAUGGAUAUGUGGGGCCUUGGUGACGGGGUUGUAAACAGAAAACAAAUGAAGGUUUUAGCAGAGUCAAGGGACUGAGAUAAGUUGCAUUUUAUGAUCAAUAAUACAUCUGUGACCAAGUCUUUUGGCCCGUGUAAAUUUCUUCUGUUUCCAUGUCCAACAUAUUUGGUCUCACAGAAGGAUAUUUUAUCUCCUCGGGCUGAUUUUCCUCAAUGAUCAAUCUUACUUCCAUUUUUCAAAGCUUUAGUUAUGCAGUUCAUAAUGACUUAUUUUAUGAAGAUUUUUGCCUCGUCCUCCACACUUCCUUUCCCAAUGUCUUCCAUUCUGUUGUCCAUAGUGGUUUCUUUUACCACUGUUUUGUCUGGUUUUAGGUAUCCAAGCCCAUUCACAUCCAUGUUGACCUCCUUGAACAAAGUGUCCUCAAGGUCGUCCAAACUUUAUUCCACAAAAGAUUCAUUAUUACUUUGUUGGCUUUCACUGCUGUCUCCUACCAUUUUACAUUCCACAAAUCAAACAUUGUCAACCUCACAUUCUUCGGAAUGGACUUCUAGAAUCACUAUUACUUUUGUCUGUCAAAAACUAUCCCAUUUUCACCGCUGAUUUCUUUGCUGCAAUGUUCAGCAUCAAUGUCCUUUGGUUGUUUUUCAUAAGAUGAAUUGUCAUCCAUUAGGCAUGUUCAUCUAAUGGCAUUACAUCCUAUGUUUUAAAGCAAUAAGUACAUUUUAACUAGAUUAUUAUUAGGAACCUUUAAUAUUAACAGCUAUAUGUAUAAAAAUAAACUGAAAGGAACACUGAUAGGAACACUAACAGCAGACUAUAAUGCAUUUAGGAUUCAUAGAUUGGGGAUUAGUACUACAAAAAAAAAAACUAAGUUGAAUAUGGAGGGGUGGAGGGGGAUUAUUUAGAAGAAAUUUUGUGUUCUGAAAAAUGUUUAAAAGUACUAAAAGUAGACCAAAUAAUUGAGGAGAGCAAACAAUGAGGUAGGCAAACCUUCCCAGUAGGUAAGAGAAGCACAAGAGGAAACUAGGUAAAAAUUGGAAUGUAGCAUCAUAAAUGUAUUACUAUAAUGUUAAAAAUUGAGUCUUCAUAUAGCCAUAGUACUCACAUACAGUUAAUACAGUUAUUCCAAGUAUCUGUACUAUGCAGAGCAUUUCAGGUUGCUACUGCAGCUUGCUAAUAAUAUGUGUUGUGCGCUGCGUGGCUGCUUGAAUUCAGCCAUUAAGUUUCAGCUACAAACUUUUUUGUAUAUUGUGAGAGGAGCAAAGUAUGCUGCCAUUUACAGUCUCUUGACAAAAAUACAUAGGAACAGAACUGAUCUUGGGGUGAAGAUGCCACAUGUCAGUCAUGCAAACAUUGCAGGACUGUUAGGAGAAAGCGUCUGCAAUGGCUGGCUGCAUGAUAGCCGCUAGAGGUGUUUCUUAGAGCUUCACGUAAACAUUGCCUUUUUACAGAAAAAAAUGUGUUUAGAAAUUAGAGGAUGGAGGUACAAGUUCUCUGCACAGAAACACCUACAUUAAAGCGGCACUGUCAAACCUCCCUGAAAAAUUAGUAUUUCAUAAACAUAGGAUUUCACUGAAAUUCACUAGCUGUCAUCAGUGAUGGCUGCAGGGAAUAGGCACUGACUAUAGAGGAUCAGUUUGGGGUUUUUGCGAAUUCUGCAUAGACCUCUAUGCUGUACUCUCACCUCAGGAGGGUGAGGUCUACCGGAGGAAUAUGGAUGCUCCCACGAGCGACAAGUUCAGGUAAGUAGAACUCACCUUCACCUUCCCACCCUGGCCACCAGACCCCCAGCGGCGAUGUCACAAUUAGGUUCUUUGGAAAUUCUGAAAAUUCAGGGUCUUUGCGAAUUCUGCAAAGUCCCCAGUGCCUCUUUAAGAUGCAGUGGUUCUGGUUCUUAGAAUGUACCUUUAACAAAUUGUAGUAAAGAAAAAUGAAGGUUUAUUUACUAAUAAAUAUAUUGUGGUGAGUUGAGAAUUGUUUUAUAAUAGUUUGGAUCAAAUAAUUUAGUAUGAUUGACACAUUUUUGUGUAUCAUACAUCAUAUUGAAAAAGUAGAUAAAGUAAUUAUAUUUAUUUGUUUUGUUCUUUGUCCGAGAAAUUAUGUUAUCCAAUUCUAUAUAACCUUUUGAUUGCUAGUGGCUCAAUUAUUGCAUUGCUGAGUUAUGCAAUACACACCCCUCUAUACAUCAAAGUUCCAAGUCUCGUCAGUGAUUUAAUUUAAAGCCAGGACUUAGAAAGUGAUAUAAUGUUAUACAGAUUUGCUAAUGGGCCCCUUUGAUGUUGGCAAGUUAUGAAAACAAUAUAGGGUCAUAUCACAGUAUUCUUCCAAUUAUCUGUGAAACACACCAUAGAAGACAGUGUUAUCAUAGCAGGUAAAAUAUUUCAUAUUGUCACUGAUGGUUUCUAUAUAAAUGUGCAUAUUACAAAGCAUGCUUUGAUAUGUGAGCUUAGAAUGUCUCUCAAUUCUGUCUGACUCCUUCCCCUUGCGAUCCUUCACCUUGUUUAAAAGGAACAGUGCAGCUUCAGUCCAAGUUCAGAGAACAUGUACAGGGUCAUUCAAUAAAGUGUAAAUUAUUGGGGAUUCAAAGUAAAUUCAAAGGGAAAUUCACAUUUAAAAAAAAUGUUUUAUUUGUUACAUACAACAAAGAUGUACAUUAUGUAUGUUGAUUGAACAUUUUAAAUACAGCAUAAGGCGAUACCAGAUAUCAAAUAUUUACAAUGUUGUACGUGACAGAGAAUUACAGAAUAAAGAAAAUGAUGGAUUUAACAAUAGUCAUGUUUGAAAGCAUUUUGCAUGGCAUUUAUUGGUGCUGAUUGAGAUAGCCAUCUUUGGUGCAAAUGGUAUUGUAUGUUAACAAGUGUAAAACAAAAAUAAGAGAACACAAAACAAAAACAUUGGGACAUUUUCAACUUGCCCCCAUUGAGUCAAAGGACCACAAAGGGGAGAGUCCCAUGCUGCCUGCAGAGUCGGACUGUUGGGGUGUAACCAUUACCGAAAUGUAUAUCAGUAAGGAUCAUCCUCAAAGGGAUAUAACUUCUCCUAUGGAGAUCUAUAUUUAUGUGAUAGGUAUCUAGAUCGAGAGAAAAAUAGAAGGUUACUAUAUGAAGUUGUGAAUGAGUAUGAGAAGAGAAGGAGGAGAAGGAGAUUGUAAAUUAAGCGUAUUUGUGUGUUAAAGAGUAAUUAAUUUUCUCCAUAAGUCUUAUAGAUUCAACUUUUUUGGAUACAUCCUCUGAUGGAGGGAGCUAGAGGUUUUUUUUUCCCAACAGGUGACAAUUUCACAUUUUCAACCAAAAUAGCCCAAUUGGAAAAAAAUCCCCAAUGCAGUGAUGAUUUCUGUUUGGCUACACGGGCCCAACAUUUGAUAUUUAUUUUAUAAGUAAUUUUAAAUUCCUGAGAAUUCACAUUUUUGUAAAUAAUCUGGGUAGAGAAAUUCAGAUAGCUGUAGAUGCCAUUGCAUAUGGCUAUUGUUGCUUUCGUUAUUCUGCAAACUCUGCAUUGUAUAACAGACUGCCAGGCACAAUUAGUUUUGACUCAAUCUGUGAAUUUUCUGGUCACUGACCGUGAUUUGAGGUAAUGCUGAAUUUCCCAAUCUACAAAUCAUAUUAAAUCAUUUUAAAUGGGCUACUUAAAUUUUUUUAAUAGUUUUUUCCUGGAGCCACUCUUUAGAAUUCUGGGUUGCAGCAGUAAAAUUCUCAAGAAGAAAAUCCUAUCAUUAUACCUGUGUAUUCAGAGUUUUUACAAUGCUCUGUUGCAUAUAAAACAAUUUAUAUUAACUCAUUCCUUCUCAAUCCAGUGUAUAUUUAGCCUACAUUACAUAGUGUGCGCCUGUAGCUCGGCUCUUAAUGGUUGUCCAACUAGUGAUUGCCAGCAGUGACUGGAUGUGAGAAUCAGAUAAUUGCUUUCAACCUUUCAGCUCUGGUAUGAGUGGGUAUGGCUGAGGAGGAAUGUGACUUUCCAGUGGCUGGUCUGCAGGUAGUCAGAGACCCUCAUUCAUUGUUAAGCCAUUCGAAAAUGGUUUAGCAAUGAGUUGAGGAAUGAUACCAGAGGACUCCAGGCACCAAAACUACUUUAAUUAUACAAAAAAUAUUUUUUUUAAUUUUACUGCAAUUUAUGGCAGUUUUUUUUAUUAGUGUGACAUGUUAUAGCAAUGAUUUAAUGACAUCCAGUUAACCCAGUUAAUAUGUCGAUACUGCAUUAAAAAAUUUUAUUUUUAUUUUUUUAUCACAUUAAUUUAGCAUUUUAUAUAUAUUUACAAUGCUCUUACAACAGAUUAUUAAAAUACACUUUAGCGUAUUUAGCACUAGCACUAUUUAAUUUGUCUAUCCUGCUGGAAUUAGUGUAGGACCCACCAAUAUUAGAGAACUGUGAAGUAUUGGUAGGCUUAGCACAAUAUGGCCAAAUGGUGGAACUGAAUUGCCGUAUUUCUUGCUGAGAUUUUAACUAGCCUUCUAAAAUGUAAAACUGUAUUUUUAUGUGUGUGCUGUUCCUUAAUCUGUAAAUAAGUAAAAUCAUGGUGCAGAGACUAAAAGUACUGUCAUAAAUAAAUAAAUUAUAUAUAUAUAUAUAUAUAUAUAUAUAUAUAUAUAUAUAUAUAUAAAACAGAUACAAUUUGUAUCUUGUAAUACCUUUUUUAUUGGACAGAAUUUUUUAAUGACAAGCUUUCGGGAGAGCCUCCCUUUCUCAAGUCUGAAGCAUUUCUGAGCAAAGACGACACAUAGAAUUCAAAGUUGAGUUGUGAUACAGGGGUUAAAGCGACAUAAGUGCAGAUAAGACAGGUUUGCUAGAACAUAGACACCAUUCUUGCAAAAAGGGUCAUAUAUAUCGAAAGCAAAGAUCACAGGGUAUUUGGGGAGAGAGAGACAAAAAACAAGCGAACAGUGCAAAAGAUGAUGCUAGAAUGGAGUAUUUAUAUAAAGAAUGCAUUAAUUCUCAUCCAAAAGUUACAGGAUAUGCAUGAAGUCCUAUAUCCAGCAUACACAGACACACGUUCACACUCACACUCAUGUACAUAUACCGGUACACAAGUAGUGCAUAUGUACAAGUAUACACAUGAGUCUGGGCUGAACUUAUUACAUUACAUUAUUUCAAAUGAAAGCACUCCAGGGAUCCUGAAGAAAGUUAAUUUGAGAACUAAAACGUUAAUCUUAUAUUGGUAUACUUUGAAUAAAAUUUUUUUACUUUUUUACAUAUAUAUAAAAAUCAUCAAAUAGAUUAGAGAGUUAAGGAAGACUGCUGAAACAUUUGCAGUUUUCUGUAAAGGAAUAAAAAUUAAACAUUUGAAUUGAGAAAUCGUUAUAAAAAUAGUAGUUGAAUAAACAAAUCUGACAGUUUUAUCCAAUAUAAUACAUUUUUAUCUGAGAUUGAUCACAAUUUGUAGUCAGAGACAAUAUUUUACAACGCCAAGCACAUUUGCACAGCAAACUUCAUGUCAGAAUAACAUGGAUUAAAUGACUAGUGUUAUGUGGGAGGAAGUCUUAUUGUAGAUUAACUGAUAGCUUGCAGUAUUAACUGUAAUACCUUUUUAUUUUACAAGUUGUAAAAAAUUAUUUGCAACCAAAAGACACACUAAUGUGUGGAAAACCACAGAGAACAAAGAAUUAUCAAUAUGUAUUCGGGUGGGCAUUGGUGUGUUCAAUAAUUAAAUAUAUUAUCAUUAUUUUAAUUUAAUUUUUUAAUUUUAAAACAUUAAAAAUUUACAUAACAGGGACAGAGGCUCUAAAAAAUGUUCCCCACAUUUUAAAUUGUUUUAAGUGAUAUUAGAGGAAACAGUUUUUUUAAUUACAUUUAUAUAAAAUCAUAUAACACAAUUUAAAUUCCUAAUGUAGAGAAAAAUAUACACUUUUUAUAAUGCCGAUAUAAAUAACAGUAACGGAUUUCACAUCUUCGCUUUCCAAAAACAAACACAAACAAAAAAGCAAAAAGCAAAAACCAAUUGAAAAAAUAAAAAAAUAAAAAAUGAAUAAAUAAAUAAAUAAAAAAAAUAAAAUCAGUUAUAAGAAAACAGAUAGUGUCUUGGAAAGUAUUGUUUUAAUUGUAAAACUAUAACAUGAAAUAAAAACACAGUAGUAGGUAUCUAUUAUUUGUGAUUAGUUAGUGUCCCUCGUAUUUCUGUAUUUUAAGCCGAUAGAAUCCACUACCUAAUAAAUACACCACAAUGUGUUGAUUCUCAAGCCAGGUGCACAAAGGUUUUAUUGAAAUGUUAUUGGAAUAUGUACUGACACUAAUACAACGAGGUUUCAUAUUAAACCUGUGGUAUACAAAAUAUCCUCAUAAAAUAAUUCAAAUAAAAUACAUUUUAAUAUAAAUAAUAAAUUGUUACGGUAAGUCAAUAUAAAAUGUAAAGUAGUUUAUGUACAAAUAUACAUAAUAGCCUAAUAAUAAUAUAAUUUUUAUAUAUUUAGAGCAGAAAGUAUUAAAACUUAUUUGAGUUAUUUUAAUUUAGCUUUCCGGUUCUGCUAAUGUUUGAGUUUAUAUAGGCCCCUAUGCCCCAUGUAACCAAGUUUAAUAGUGUAAAAUUCUUUCUUUCCAAUUCAUCUAUUCACUUCAUCAAAUUGUUAAUAUUUUUUUUUCUUAUUAUAUAUUUUAUUGAUUUGUUUUAAUACAACAAAAAAAAAAAAAUAUAAUAAAUUUCAAUUUAGGUUUUAACUUGCAAGCAUACCAUUUUACAUUUUUUUUUACAUAUGUUAUACCCAAUGGCAGCAUAUACAGCUCUAUGGAAUCUCAAUAUACAGAAUAUCUGAACAAUCCUAUUAUUUUAAAUGGAAGCUAUUGGAAUCACUUAAUCAGUUAAUUCUGGAACAAACAUGAUGAAACUUUGUACUCAUCAUCUAUGUAAAUUAUAUGUAGUCAUUUCCUUUACUAAUUACUAAAUAAGAUAGCAUUAUAAUUGUAUCUUAAUAACUUAAUUAGUUGUUUAUUGGAUUUUCACAUUGCCUCUUUUAAAGAACCACCCUAUUGUUUUUUGUCCAUUAUGCACAACACCCUGCGUAGUCACCAUUCUCAAGCCUGCCUCUUGCACUCUCAAGCAUUUUAUCUGUCUAUCUAUUGGACUUGUGCAUUCGGUUUCGACAAAUUGUGAUGCGUCUACAUUUUGGGUAAUUUCGAUCAUCCGAGAUCUGUAACUAUGAAUCGCCAUAUGACCGAAUUACGAUGUAAGCAAAAUGUGGACUAAAAAAAAAGAUAUUUUGGGAAAAAGAGAUGAUUGAUGGCUGUGGUACAGUCAUUAAACGUUGAUUUUAGUCAGCCAUCAAGUUAGAAGUGACCAAUAAAGGAAGAAAAUGAGAAGCCGUAAAAAAAGACAUCUAUUUUUAGAAAUUUAUAUAUUAUCUAUUGAUUACUUGGAGGAAAAAUGCAUCUAUCAGCACGGCUGUAGGAACACGCUAGAAUCUGGGGGUAACAACUUUAAACUAAGAAUAUCUGCCCUCCCCCCAAGUUUUUGUACACACAAACAUACACAUUACAGUAUACCAUAUAUAUACAGAAUUGUGGUUAAAUGAAAACCUAAUGUAAACACUAAGGCCAAUUAGCUGAUAAAAAAUAUUUCCAGUUAAGCUGAUUUUUAAUUUUUGUCUUUUUUUUGGUCAGGUUUUUACAAUUCAGUAUUCAGUGUGCUAUAAUUCAUAGUGAAUUAAAGUGUGUAUUUUUGUGUACUAUCAAUUGUGUGUGUUUAUUUAUGUACAGUGAAUAAAGUAAAUAUUCUUAAAUGCUAGGGUGUCUGUUAGUGUUGUGCAUGUGUGAAUACAAUGAUGCCAGCGAAGGUUAGUAAAAAAUGGUGAUGAUGUCAGUGUGCAGUGAGAUUGUUUUUAUCUGCUUAGUGUCACUGAGACUACCUGCGUAUAUAUGUGAGUAGUUUUAUUGUGCGUAAAUACUGUUUGUGCAUAUUUGUGCAGAGUUUUAGUGCUUGUGUGAAUUGUGUAUAUGCAUGAUGUAAUUGUGUGAAAUGGUAUUGUGCUUCUUCUAUGCAAAGUUGUAUUUAUCUGAAGUGCUAGUAUGCAUGAAUGCAAGGCUGAAUUUGUGCAAUGUAAAUGUGUGUGAAUGUAUAUAUAUUUGUAUGGUGGGUCAGUGUGCGUGCUUAGGUCUAUUUGUAUGACAGGUCUAUGUGUGUGUGUUUGUUUGCAAAAACUUAGUAUGUUUUACUGCAGGUGUGUAUAUGAAGGUUAGUGUGUGUGAUUGCACGGUGUAUGUGUCUGUGAAUGAAGUAUUCAUGGUGUGUACAAGCUUUCUGUGUUCCUCAGUGUGUUAGGUCCCAUAUCGCUCCUUGUCAGCUGUGACUGCCUCUUUCUCUGCCAACUUCAGCAUUCACUUACAAUGCAUGUUCUCUUCCUUAGUGUUAACUCUCUAAUUAUUUUACUGCAUUUCUCAGAACCUUUAUAUCUCUCUUUCUCACCCUCCUGUAUUACUCAGUUUGUUUUACUAUUUCAGCAUGCCAAAUAGUUAGCCCUGCUCCACUCUUUCUACGUCUCUCUAAGUCCUCAUACAUUGUCAAAUUUCUCUGCCUAAUGCAUUCACAUCAGGUGUACUGGUGACCUCCAUGCAGUAAUAUCAGCUAGAACUGCUUGCAUGUUCCCCUGCUUCUCUGCAGUCUCUGUGGGAAAGAUUUUCCCAUGACUCACUGCUGCCCCCCCAAUGGUCGGGUGAAUUAAAAUACCACCAGAAGCUAAAAAAGCUGACAUCAGCCAGGCCAGCCAGCAGUACAUGUGGCAGUGAAUCUUAACCAAAAUAUGACAGGGGAAGGGGAUCUGACCAAUCUCACCCCCCUUUAAGACUAUCUUGUGUGAUGUGUCCAUAUUCUCACCCUUUUGGUUUGUCCAAAUCCUUUUUUCCCUAAUCAUUUGCAUGGAAGAAAUCAUUCCAAAUGGAAGCACCCUAUGGACAAAUGUUGGACCACCCAAACUCUAUUUUUUUUCCAUACGAACCAGUUCAGCCACACAGAUGUUUUUUUCUUCUGUAGACAAGUCCUCUAUCUAUAUACAUACUUUCGGUCUGUCUGUCUAACUGGGUUUUGAGGCUUUAACCUCCUCUGGGCAUCUCUGUCACACUCUUGUCUCAGCAUUUUUUCCACCUCCAAGAAUGUGUCAAACCAAAUUCAGUUGUUUUCUUUAAAUAAAUAAGUUUUGAUGUAAAAGGCCAGUAUGGAGAUCAGAUACUUUCCCAUCAUUUCCUACAGUUUUCCUCCAAUAACUUAUAUUAAUAAACCGGCAGUCUUUUAAUCAGUCUACCUAAUCCUCUAAUGUUCGGUUGCCCCCAGAAUGGAAUUUCAAAAAAUUUGACUUGCUUUAUGAUCCAGGUUUUUCAUACCUUUACAUUUCCUGUAAUAUCCCUCUUCUCUCCCUCCAACCUCCUUAUUCUUUUUAUUCAAUUCCUUUUUUUCUCUUAUGUAAUUUUAGUGGAUAUUUUCUAUCUCCAUGCCAGGAAAAUCCUUGCACUGUUGAUAUUUUGAGCUUCCCUUUAAUUGACCUCUUCUUAGACAAAAACUGUCCUUGAUUUGCAAUUAAAUUGAAUGGUGCUGUACACUUUGGAGAGAAACUAAUAAAAAUGACACACUCGUUAUAAUCUAGCAGUAUGAAUCAGAACCAGACCCAAUUUAGUUUCUUUGUUUCUAUAUAUUUCCAUUCUCUUUUUGUGUACCUCGAAUUGGAGUCAGAGAUAAGACAAAGAGAAGACAAUGAUGCUUCCUGCCUACAUCAGCAUUCUUAGGCUUAUAAUUGUCAUCGUAAAGGCUCCAGUGCGGAUAAGACUUCAUUAAACCACCUGCCUUGUUUAAACCUGCAGCAUAUUAAAUAACUGGAAGAAAUAAGAAAACUAAACACACAGUAAAAAAUAUAUAUGAAAACGAAAACAUGAUAUAGGCUAUAAAACACAAAGGCAAUUUGCUGAUCAUUAGUACAGGAAUGUCAGGAUGUGCUUUUAUAUAGAGCCUGUACGUAUGGUAUUAUGAGGGUCUGAUCACACUCGAAAACUGGGGUUAAUCACUCAGCAAAUUGUACGGAGUGGAAAGUCGAAUUUGAACUAAGUUGGAGAAUUAUUUAAAAUCAACUAUUGGUAACCAGCUUCAUUAAGUUAAUGUUUUUUUGAUGUAUAGAGUAUCCGUUUAAGCUUUAUGUUAAAAAGCUUCACUGCUCACUAUUUUGUUUAAAUUUUACAGUGAUGAAAGAAGGAAUAAGCGAUCUCAGUUUCCUAAAUCAUAAAAAUGAGACUAAAGAAUAAAAAAAGAAUGACAAUAAAAAUAAAAAAAAGAUUGUGGAUAGCUGCUUGCACCAAAUAAGGAUGGAUGACUUAUAAACCAUAGAAAGUAUUAAUAAAAAUGUAGGGCAUUAAUGAAAUAUAAAGUAUUUUAUCUAUAAAAACAGUCAAUAGAUCAACACAAUGAAUAAAUAGUAGCUCCCAAUAGAAGCUUGUUAACCACUCACAACAUGAAUAAAUACGGAGGAAUACAAUGGAACAAAAAAACAACAACCCAAGAGUCCCAGAAGGCAUCUUUAAAAAUGGCUACAAAUAGUAUGUUAAGGGGCAGCUUACAGAGGUGUCAUUAAUUCAUAAACCUUGAUACGUUGCUGUGGUCAUGUAGUUGUUAUUGGGAUUCCACAUAUAUACUACUUUAUUUAUAUUGAGAUUCCUUAGAACAAUUCAAUACAUUUGUAAAGCUCAGCAUGUCAACUGAAUAGGCAAUAAAGCAGGUACAAAGUAUUACACAAACACUCAGGAAUCAUUUGAUGAUGUAGAGUAUAGUCACAGUUACAUUGUCAGCCUUUUUAGGUGCAUCCCUGAGGAUAUUAGCAAGACAGUCAAUACUGCCUUACUCUACGGCUCUCUACAUAUAUACCCUAACUGAUCACAUACACCCAUAAUGAAUUUAAAGAAGAGGCUAUGCAAUCAAAAGAGCAUGUACAGAACUCCUUAAAGGGGAUUGUAAUAAGUGAAAGCAAAGAAGAAAAAUUACCACUAUGUAAAAAAAUCAAACAUAGCUAAGAAAAGAACCAAUGGAAAAAUAUAAAGUUAGAGUCAUAUAUGUAUAUGUCCUGCAAUACUAAUGUGCUGUGUAUUUCUAUUACCCUUCUAGUAUCACACAAAUAUGCUAGAUGUAGAUUCAAAUUUAACUUCUCUUGGGCUAAGUUUCUCCAGUUGGUAAAUUCAUCUGGUCUCUGCCCUUACAAAUAAAUUCUUCCUAUCUGCAUGACUAGUGGACGGUGGGAUAAUACUGUACAAAUUAUUAUUAGUGUUUGAGGAUUAGCUUCAUGGAACUUAUUAAAGUGUUUUGAAUUCUUAUCGAUAAUGGAGCUUUGAUUCCCCCUAAAUCUGGCUUUAAUAGCCCUAACAAUCCACAUUAUAUACUACAGUCGAAGCCCACAUUUUAUAUUCAUGUAGACUACUUUUGUACUGUUAGGGGUGAUUUUAUGGGUGUCACAGUACCUAUCACAUUCCAGUAUCCUGCAUAAUUCCAGGGAGUGUCAUUUUGGACGCUAGUCACUCCAAACCUUUAUUCAUUCCUCCAACAUCGCUUUUCCACCAUUUGACAAAAGACCAGUCGCACUCCUGCUAAGCCCUUAUGAACCCUUUCCACAUACUCCACCUUGACCUGUCAUGGUUUCCCUUGUGGUGAUUCGGGACCAUGUUGUUAAAUAGAUCUGGUAUUCUGACUUUGGCUUAAACUUUACCAUUCUCCUUCCUUUUAAUCAUUUGUUUUACCAUUAUUGCUACUUUCUAUGAACCCAGACCUCAGCUAGUUCUUGACUUCACUUCUACCUGUUACUUAGGUUACUUCUUUUCUAUUUCAGCGUUAAGACCGGACGACUCUAAGGUCCAAUAAUAUGCCUCUGCUCCUUUUUAUUUUCUUUCAUAGCUUGGUGUGACCUAAGUUCUGUAUGUUGGGCUUCUGUGAGACAGGACUACAGUAAAUAGGGGAAUAUUAAUUAAAGAAAGGAAAUUGUUGGCCCCAUAAAGCUUAUGGCACCUAUACACCAUGUCCCCUCCAUAUUUAAUAUUGCCUCCUUGUAAACUAGAAAAAAAUACCUAAUGGUUGAAUUCUUGCUUUCCACAUUUUUUGUUGGUGCCAAGAUGUAUUUUUAAAUUGGAGGGUUUGUGAAAGUUAAUCUGGAUCUGUAUGAAAGUGGCAAUUACUGGCAAGGAUCCUGAGUUAGAAUUGUCCACUAUUUUUUUCAGUAUGUCUAUUAUACAAUCAGACAGGCAGUUCACUUUCCAAACAAGAUUUGGACCUUUAACUGUCACAGAUAGAAUGUUUGUGCUGGCAGUUUGGCUAGAAGGUGGAUUGUGGGACAGACAUUCAUUAGCUACCGGAUCAAUAACUAUCCCUACAUAACUAUCUGGGUAAUCCCCUCUUUGGAUCAACAUUCCCAAGCUUUUAGGUAUGCAUGCAUUAUUACCCUCAGAUAGCAAUGCUUCUCCAAAUAAAACAAGCUUCACCAGUAAGUAUGACUCUUCCUCAUCUAUCAGGGAGGUACAAUUUCUCAUACAUCUUAAAUUGCCCCAAAGAAACAAUAUUCACUCAUUGUAGGUGGUGUUUGCUUCUGAAAAGCCAUCAAAACCUACCAUCUGGUGGAAAGUUGUGAUGAUCACUCUUUGUCGUAUGUUUCUCAACUUUAGGUCCAAAAGCCCAAUACUACUGUUGUGUGGCUUCAAUCUAAAAUUGAAUUCUAUUUCAUUAUUAUGAAUGCCAAAAAACUAUACAAUUUCCUAGUAUCAAAAUAUUGUCAAUAAAACAGAAAUUAAAGCCCAGCCAUCACCUGUCCUUUGACCUGGAGGAAGAAUGAAGGAAUAAACCCAUCAGUAGGCAAUAUAAAUGUAAAUAGUCCAUUGAGUAACAAUAGAAGCAACUCCUUAUUCGAAUAUUGUUAGAUCAUAUGGACUACAUUCAAGAUUCUACAAUUUUGCUCUAUGCUCCCUUCUUUGGGAUAAAAUACAUCAUGACUGAUUUUGUUAUUUUCAUAACUGUUAUGACACUCUAUAAAAUUAAAAAAAUAUAUAUACAAAUUAUAAAUCUUUAGUGGACAUUAAUAGAUUCAAGUGUAUGUAGGCGCAAUUCUAUUAAAGGAGUAUUGGAAUUAAAUGGUAAAAUAACUAUUCCCCUAUGGCAAAACAAAGACUUGGGCCGUACCCUGUUCAUUGAUAUCCAGUAUACAGAGGAACAAAUCUGUAAUUGUUAUUACAAGUCAAGUGGCAUUUGCCAGCUAUUGUAAUGAGUUUAUAACGUUCUUAUGUGUAAUAUACCAAAACACAAAAGCAAAAUAAAAAACUCUUCAAAUGACAAUGAGAAAAAUACAAUUAGCUUCAAAAAAGAACGACGUUAUUAUAGUCUAAUUUACAAAAUAUACUUCAAAGUACCUAUGUUAUUUAAAUCCUACAGAAGCAAAUCUUUUCAAGAAUUGAAAAUGCUACAUAUUAGGGUGGACGCCUUGCUUUCAGUCAUGUUCAAUCAUGAGAGAAGAGAAAAUUCAAUAGGACAGGAUUAUUUUUGAUCUUUAAAUAUAGGUCUGUAGGAGCUACUCAAUUUAUGUUCCAUUCUCUUUAUUAACUCUUUGGAUGGAGUACAGUGGCUAAUAAAACUGAACAAGUAAUUCACUUAUUUAUGGAGAGCUUUGUAACACUACAAGAUUACAAGAGAUCCUUUAACUUUGAUUCUCCAGCAUGCGUAUGCAUAUUGAGAACCACCUGAGAUAAGAAGUAAGUAGAGUGCUGCUUAAAGUACUGGAAAGGCUUAAUGCCGGCCCCUGGGUAAGAAUUAUAGUUUACGAGACUUUUCAAUAUGGAAGCCUUGAUUUAUUAUAUGCUGUUUAAAUGUUUUCUAUCUCAUUGGUUUGAAUAGGGUAGUUUUUAUUAGAGUGGUCACUUUAAUAUUUUUUUUAUGAGAUAUUUAUUCUUCUUACUUCUGUUGGGCAGCACUCGAUAGUGCGGAAAAUCUAUGUUUCUAAAAGUGAAUAUGUUGUGAAAAUAUAAACUUACCUGAAAUCUCUACCAUAUACAUUGAAUACACGAUAUAUCACAAAGAUACAAGAUGUAUUCAAUGUAGAAUAUAAAGAUUUACUCACCUCUCCUGUUUUCCAGCGCUACCUUUUUCAAGCUUCGUAGGUGUUACCCUUCAUGUAACACCCACCUCCCGGCUGUCCUCUGCUUCUCCUCUGGUCUUCAGUGAUUUGCCCUGCUUGGGGACACUGAGCUGAAGGACUUCCUGUGGGAGAUGUUGAGGCUUUGACUAACACCUGGGAGAAAAGCCUAUUUUUAAUCCUAUUGGACUGCACUUCCAGGCCCUGCCUGAUAGGAAGACAUAUUAAAAUGCACAUUAAACAAAUUGGCAACACAUCAACCCUUGCUCUCCUUGACAUGUUAACUGGAUCAAAUGUUGAAUUAUAGUGCUGGUGUCAUAUUUUUUUUUUUUGCAUAAUGCAUAAUAAAUGAUUUAUAAAAGUGGCUAUAUGGUGUGUUCUAUUUUUCCUGUUUGAAAUUUAUAGCAUAAAAAUGUAGGAAAAACUUUUUGAUUUUUGGAAGAAAUUGUUAACGUUUAGACGAAAACAACCCUCUAAUAACUUAUAAUAAUGCAGCACUAUUGUAAUUUUCAGUAAUUAAAUAUUUCAGGCAUUUCAUCACAUACAAGCAACGGUUAUUAGGUACUCACAAGUCUUCUCAACCCUGAAAUAUUAGGGGAAACACCUUCCUGGCAUGUCAGUAUAGUGCUUUGCCCAGUUGUCAUUGCUUGUAAAUAGAAACAAAACAAGUAAGGGAUAAAACAAGUGGAGAAAAAAAAAUUGUAUCCUCAAAAUAGUACUAAAGGCUACACACGUCAAUAAACUUACAUAGUUUAAAGUUUUCUUAGAGUAUAUUUAAAAUCUGAUCUAAUCUGCUUUGUUAAACUGAAUUCGCCAUGUUCUGUGUAACGCCUUAAGUGUAGCAUAUUUUUAAAAAAAUGUUUUCUGAUUUUUCUUUGAAUUCACAUCAUUGUAACUAUGGCCACCUGUGUUUUGUCCAAUUUUCAGUGUAAGAUUUAUGUCUGAGUGGGUAAUUAUAAUAUUUCUGAAUAUUGCUUCUCCUGGUUAGACAUAUAUUAAUAUAUAAAAGCAGAUUUAUUAAUGUACAUCUACAUGUUGAAGUUGUAAACAUUAUAUGCUCUGAGAGAACAAGAGUGUAUGCAGUGUCUUUACAGUAAUGCUUUGAGACUAAGUGUCCGACCUAGUGCUGGGAUCAAGUAACCAAUCAUAAAUUGCUCACCUAGAGGGUGGAACCAUAACAUUUAGAGAAGACACGUGUUAUGGCUACGCCAAGAACCACAGCAAACCAAGACCAUGAAUCAUUACUUCCUGUAGCAAUUUCUGCUUGAAAAAUGCUGUAGGAUACAGGGGAUAUUUAGCGAAAAGAUUUGGUAACGCUGCAUUGUAUUAAAAUUAAAACCUCAAUUUUUUACAGCCCUCUUAUUAGACAGCAUGAGGAACCAAACCAUUUUAGAUACGACCCAUCAUUUACUGAAAACAGCAUAAGAACCUCUAGGGACACCCCGAAAGAAAAUGCUAAAAUAGUUAAAAGAUCCAUUACUUUUUAUCCUUGCUUACAUGCUUUAUCUUUGUAUAAUUUUAUCUUGCAGCAAAUAAAUUAAUUCACUAUUACACUUUGCCACCACAACCUUCAUUAGCAAUAGGAAUUGAUAGUCAUGUUGAUGGUCAACAAUUAUGGAGCAAGCUCCAUCAUAACAACCACUCAAAUGGACAUCAUAUUUCUCAGACAGUUGGAAAUGUCUUCCUUUGGGAAUGCAUAAGCCACGUGAGGUACCUUCUCUCAAACUUACCCAAGGGUUGAAGAUGGUUAAAAUCAGCCACUAAGAUGGCUACUAAGUUGGCAAGGAUCUGAAAGUUGGUGGAGCAAAGCUCAGCAGGUUCCCACAUUUUUUUUUUUUAUCUGACCCAUGGUCAGAAUUUCCCCCAAAUUUUUUUCCGAAUUUUUUUUUGGAGAUUAUAUGGACUAUUUUAUGUUGGUGUCAUAGCUUAUUAAAGGCAAUUUUAUGCCACUAUAAAAGAUAUGAGUUAACUUUUGGAGACACACUAUUAAUAUACAUUUUUUGGACCUCUGCCUCAUCUCCAUAGUUAUUGAUCCUACUGCCCAGUACUGUACAUUUUUAUGAAUGCACAAGAUCCUAUGAUCUAAAUUAUAUAGAAAAAUAAGCACCACUAGGGGGACCAUAAGUCGUGUUUUUAAAACUUAUAACUGGGGACAACCCAAAAUUUCAAACACCGAAUAACAUAAAUCUAAUAUGCCCACAUGAGAAUAUUAGACAAAACAAGUCCCUAAAGUAAACAAAAAUAAGAAACAAAUAAAUGACUUUAUUAUAAUAAUUGUAAAGGAAACUUGAAUAGUUAGAAACAUAUAAUAAUAAAAAAAACUUUUGAAGCUAUGGCAAGACCUAGGAAGGUUAAACAAGGAUGGUAUUGACCUCUAUAAAAGAGUGAAAAAUCAAGGCAGAAUUGAUUAUAUUUUGCUGACUAUUCAAGUCCACUUUACUAUUACAAUAACAAAGUUAUUUAUUUUUUGUUAUUUUUGUUUAAUUUCAUGACUUGUUUUGUCUAGUAUUCUCAUGUGGGCAUAUUAGACUUAUGUUAUGUAGAUCCUAGCCUUGAGUUACCAGUUCCAUGCAAGUACUUCUGAAGCAUCUAAGUGAACAUCUCCACCAAUCUUCCUUACCCCACCUUAUACCAUUGGACAUUUUCCAUGAAGACAAUCCUAUAUUGAAGUUACCUUUCCUUUUCACUUCUACACUUUUCUCUUUUCACUUUUCCUAUUUUAUAUUUCUCUUUGUCAGGUCCCUUUGCCCCACUUUAUCACCAUUGUAUUACCUCAUAUUUGACUAAUUUCUGUCUGUCUGUCUCUCUCUCUAUUUGUCUGUCUGUCUGCCUGUUUUUCUCUCUCUAUUUGUCUGCCUUUCUCUCUAUUUGUCUGUCUGUCUGUCUACCUGUCUGACUGUCUCUUUAUUUGUCUGUCUGCCUGUCUCUCUAUUUGUCUGUCUGCCUGUCUCUCUAUCUGUAUGUCUGUCUGCCUGUCUCUCUAUUUGUCUAUCUGUGCACCUGUCUCUCUCUCUCUAUUUGUCUGUCUGCCUGUCUCUCUCUCUCUCUCUAUUUGUUUGUCUGUCUGUCUGUCUCUCUCUCUAUUUGUCUGUCUGUCUGUCUCUCUCUAUGUGUCUGUCUGUCUGCCCCCUCACCCUUUCUCUCUAUUUGUCUGUCUGUCUCUCUAUUUGUCUGCCUUUCUCUCUAUUUGUCUGUCUGUCUACCUGUCUGCCUGUCUCUUUAUUUGUCUGUCUGCCUGUCUCUCUAUUUGUCUGUCUGCCUGUCUCUCUAUCUGUAUGUCUGUCUGCCUGUCUCUCUAUUUGUCUAUCUGUGCACCUGUCUCUCUCUCUCUAUUUGUCUGUCUGCCUGUCUCUCUCUCUCUCUCUAUUUGUUUGUCUGUCUGUCUGUCUCUCUCUCUAUUUGUCUGUCUGUCUGUCUCUCUCUAUGUGUCUGUCUGUCUGCCCCCUCUCUCUUUCUCUCUAUUUGUCUGUCUGUCUCUCUAUUUGUCUGUCUGCCUCUCUCUCUAUUUGUCUGUCUGUCUCUCUCUCUCUAUUUGUCUGUCUGCCCGCUCCCCCCUCUCUCUAUUUGUCUGUCUGUCUGUCUGUCUCUCUCUCUAUUUGUCUGUCUGUCUGCCUAUCUCUCUCGCUCUACUUGUUUGUCUAUCUGUCUGUCUCUCUCUUUCUAUUUGUCUGUCUGGCUCUCUCUCUCUAUUUGUCUGUCUGUCUGCCUCUCUCUCUCUCUAUUUGUCUGUCUGUCUGCCUCUCUCUCUCUCUCUAUUUGUCUGUCUGUCUCGGUCUGUCUGUCUGUCUAUCUGUCUGUCUGUCUAUCUAUCUAUCUAUGUAUCUAUCUAUCUAUCUAUCUGCAUCUCCUAUUAUUUUGUUUUAUUUUCUGGUUUAAAAAAUGCCCACUUUGUCCUCUCCAUUCCAAAUAAACCUCACCUUUCCAAGAAGGAAUCUCUUUACAUGUCUUGUGCCUUCUUCUGCUGAGAUAAAAGUGCUUGAUCUUUGCCAAUACAACAAUCUGAAGUUUUAAAAGAUUAUCACAUCAAGCUCUAUAUUUAUUCAUGUCUUACAAAUUGAUAAGUACAUUGGGCAAGCACCGACGGAUCAUAACUGUAUGGGGUACAUGGAGUAGAAUGUUUAACGCGAGGACAACAGGGCUAAUAACUAGGCAAAAGGAGAUUUUCUAUGAACCACAGCAUGUAGCUGAUUGUCGUAGGUUUAUUACAUCAUAAUUUUAGUAAGAUCCUCAGUAUGAAUCUAAAAGAUCUAAAUCACAAGAAAGUCAGCGAGUCUUAUUAUUCUGAGACUGAAAUGACAUAAUCUAAUAUCAAGUUAAACCAGCUACAAUACAAAUAAAACAGGCAUUUUGUAUUGUUCUGCAUUUCACUUUCAUCCAUAUACACCUGUCAUAUCAGCUUUUGAAAUUGAUCUUCGUUUACAAACCUCCUGUCUACAGAAGACUGCUCUUUACUCUUUCAUUAUCAAGCUCAAUUUAUUUGAAAUGUGAGAUGAACAGUAUAUGGUGUAAGGCCAAUCAAUAAUUUCAUAUAUACAUUCCUAUUCUGGUAUGCCUUAAAAUUCCAAUUAAGCUUUGUCUAUUCUGUCAUCCACUACAGAAAUAUUGUGAGAAUAUAAAUAAUUAGAAAUUGUAUGUCAUUACUUAUUUUACGUUACUUCUGAAUGGUUCAGAAAUAUUAGCUGUUUCUUCAAACAGAUUUAAUAUUUUGCUGUGCUCCAAAGUUCAGAAAAACUGCCUUUCUAAAUAAACGUUUUUUGAACAUUUUUCACAUGAAAAAAAAAGUAUGAACAAUUGUAAUAAAAUUAUCUAGGCACUGAACAACAAUUUGUAUCAUAGUAAAAUGGAGAUAAAGGGCACGGAGCAGGAGCAAAUAAGAAGAGAGGUCUAGAAGAGAAUUACCAAAAGAAGUAGGAGGCCACAAUUCUAGAAAGGAUUUGAGAUGGGAAAACAAAUGUAAAUUGUCUGGAAUUCAAAGUGAAUUUCACUUUUUGAGCCCGAAUUACUGAUCUGAUUUUUUUUCCUCCAACCUAACUAUGUAUCCAAGUCAUUGGUUUUGGGCUAUAAUUUAAAAUUCACUUGGAAUUCACAUUGAAUCCCAGCUAAUUCACACUUUACUGAAUAACCCUGGUAGAAUAAACACUGUUAGUGUAAACUCUAAUGUAUAUCUUUGGCAACUCUUCUGAAUUUGGAGUUCUUUUCUACCAUCCUGGGUUGGUUCCCUGGUGUGAGGCAUUUUGGGGACGCCAAGGAAAUAUCUCCAAACCGCAUAAUGCAAGCACAUUAAAAAAAAAUAAAUUUGGCACUUUGCAGAAGGAUGCCGGGGCAGUAAGCCCAUGCCCAUAAUCUUCGAAACCACUCUGCAUAGGUCCUGUCCUCGGUCGGAGUGCCCAGUAAGGCUAUCAGUCUCUGCAUUUGGGUGGCCCUGCCCUCUUUCCAUGUGAGGCCAUCAUGCAACUGGUGUAUAUAGUUAUAUAUAUAUAUAUAUAAAUCACCAAGCAGAAUUGAACAUAUUGCCACAUUGAACAUUUUAAAAAUAAAGGAAAAUCCAUUAUAGAAGCAAACAUUUUAAUUAAUGUUAAUUUUCAGCAUGGGUGUAACAUCUACACACUAAUGUCCUGCACUUUUACAAGUGUUAUAAUAUGGAAAUUUUCUUAAGUAGUAGUAGGGUUUGUUCACGUUUGUACACUGAGCUCCAAUGAACUUUAUAUUUGCAGCACUUUAUUUUUAUAAUUCUAUAUGUAUCUACUACACAUAAUCCUGUACGUUCUUUCUUUCUACAGAUACUGAAAAAUCACAGCAGAACCAAACAGAUGACUCUAACCCUGAAGAUGGUUCGUUAAAGAAGAAACAACGACGACAGAGGACACACUUCACCAGUCAGCAACUUCAAGAACUUGAGGCCACUUUCCAAAGAAAUCGAUACCCAGAUAUGAGCACUAGAGAGGAGAUUGCUGUAUGGACCAACCUAACAGAGGCCAGAGUCAGGGUAAACUCUAUACAUACAUAUACUUUUUUAUUUAGAAAAUAUUUGACCAGGAAGUAUAAAUUAAGAUUUCUCUCGUUUUCAAGAAUGUCCUUUACUUGAAUGAAUAUGAAGACACAAUUCUCUAUUCUCUGCCACCUAGGAGUUAAAUCACUUUUUUUUUAUAAUUCUUUAUUUUUGUAGUGCUUUGCAAGUUUCACAUAUAAACACAGACAGUGCAAGGGUAUCACAGAAAGUAUUCGUUGGUAGAGUACAUGACAUGUCUGAACAAAUGCACCUUUUUUGGGUUAUAAUAUCAAGAUAUUACAUAGGGUAGCGUAAGUAAUGAUAGAUUGCUAAUCACAGGCCAAACAUGCUGAGAGAGAGGUAUUAGGAUUUAUGCAGGCUUAAGUAAUGCAAGAGGGAGUAAGUUGCUUAGAAUUCAAGAAAGAUAAAAUCAAACAGCAUGGUAUAAGCUUGUACAUGUAAGUUAAACAAAAUUUUGAACUGGGCUGGAGGUAAGUAUCAGAGCCUUAAGUUUCUGCCAAUGGUGACAAUGUCCCUUGAGAUAUAUAAUGUGAGGACAGGACCACAUGCCCAUUGAAUUAGUCCCUGUCAGCCUAUGCCCACUCGGUGUGCAUAACUGUCCAGCAUGGAUGUGACUUGCCAGGGGGUGACACACUUGCUUGGUGAGGAGAUGUCUGCCACUGAUAGCAUGAGGGGCGGCUCAGAGGUGGUUGUGGUGGUCUCUUGAUGCAGCUUAGAGCAAACGCUGGUAUAGUAGGAUUAGCCAUUCCACGGCAGUGGCGGUCAGGACAUCGGUCCACACCUCGGUAUCUUAGGUGGUAGCACGGCUUGCACGCAUUGCAGACCUAAUGUGUUUUCCGGCGGUGGUAUAUGCUGUCUGCAGUUCUGCAGAUGGAGCUGCUUGGAGGUAGGCAAAGUUGGUUGCGUCGCCGCCAUUUUGGCACCCUGGCGUGGGAUGCACUGCAGGCUCGAUGGGCCGGUAUUAGGCAGUAGUUCCCUCCAAUGUGGACCGGGAUAACCCCCCCGGUCCGUGGGGGGGGAGCAGGGCCCGUAAGACAUGUCACUAGGCUGCUGCACGGCUGCCAGGUUCUGAAACAGGACGGCGGCCGUCCGCCCCGUUCUACACCCACAUGGGCCGCAGGCCCCGAAGCCUCGCAUCACCCCAUGGGCGUGCAAGACUCCCGAUCUCGGGUCCGCAAUGGCACCGUCAACCGCCUGGACACGGGAGGUAUUAGCUUGACUCCGGGGCAGGCUGUAAACUCGGCAUUUUCAGCGAAAUAGGCCAAAUCCCACAGGAGCCCCUCCAGCCUGCGACCGGUCAGCAUGGCGGUCGGGCCCCGCCCCCGAGUUAAAUCACUUUUGAUUCUGUUAAUGCAGUCCUAGCCACACAACGCCUGGCUGUGACUGACACAGCCUGCAUGAAAAAAAUGGUUUAAUAUUAAUUUAGAUGUUACCUUUUUUUAUCUCCUGCUCUGUAAAUUGAAUUUUAAUCACACACUGGAGGCUCCUGCAGUCUAUAGAAGGCUAUUAACACAGUAGGAGUUAAGUAAUUCUACAUUAAACAGACUGUACAAUACAGGAACAUAGAGUAUCUAUGUUCCAUUUCAUGAAGUGUUCAGGAAGGCUUUGCAAGUCACAUGCAGAGAUGUAUAAACAAAGUAAUUUAACUCCUAAAUGGCAGAGAAUUGAGUAGUGAUACUGCAGGGGCGUGAUCUAUACACUAAAACAGCUUCAUUAAGCUAAAGUUGUUUUGGUGCUUAGAUGUUGUUUUGGUGCUUUAAUCUUGACCCCCUCAGCUGUUGUUGGCUACACUUCACAGAAUUACCUUCCAAACAACUGUUUUCAGAAAAUGUUAGGAACUAUGGCUCUAUAUCAGCUAGGGAGUCCAGUUUGGACAUAGCUAUAACAGGUCACAGAGAGAAUAUUCAUGGGCUCUCUGUUAUAUUUAUUUUGGCAUGUGUCUUGAAGGGUGUUUAAUUAUCAAUCCAAACAAAAUGGCAUCUUCAAUCAUAAGUAAAUAUAUAUCUUCUCUAAAUUUCAGGUGUGGUUCAAAAAUCGGAGAGCAAAGUGGAGAAAAAGAGAACGAAAUCAACAGGCGGAACUCUGUAAGAAUAGUUUUGGGGCCCAAUUUAAUGGACUCAUGCAGCCCUAUGAUGAUAUGUAUUCUGGAUACUCCUACAACAACUGGGCUACCAAGGGCCUUGCCACUAGCCCACUCUCUGCCAAGAGCUUUCCAUUUUUUAACUCCAUGAAUGUAAGUCCUUUGUCAUCUCAGCCUAUGUUCUCCCCACCUAACUCCAUUGCUUCAAUGACCAUGCCUUCCUCUAUGGUUCCUUCAGCAGUGACUGGAGUUCCUGGUUCUAGCCUAAACAACUUGGGAAAUAUUAACAACCUCAACAGCCCCAGCCUCAAUUCUGCUGUCUCGGCCAGUGCCUGUCCCUAUGCCUCGACGGCCAGCCCGUAUAUGUACAGGGACACCUGCAACUCAAGCUUGGCAAGUUUGAGGCUGAAAGCUAAACAACAUGCCAACUUCACGUACCCAGCAGUACAGACUCCGGCUUCUAAUCUAAGCCCUUGUCAGUAUGCUGUGGAUCGGCCAGUAUGAAGGACCACAUGCCAAAGACUUGAUUGUAGCCAUAUAACAGAAGACCUAUUUGCCCUGCAGUUUUUGCCUUUUUUUUUUUUUUUUAGAUAAAAAUGGGCGCACAAUGACCUCUGGUAAAACAUUUCCAUUUUUAAACUGGCAAAAAAAAAAAAAAAAAAAUAAAAAUAAAAACUCAGACUUUAUUUUUUUGGAUUGAAGAGGACAUAUUGUAUGAAUUACGCAACAUGAAGACAGUGUCCAAGUUCCAAGGUUAACUUAAUUCCAUAAACAUAUGAAUACUUUGUUUUUCAGAAGGCACACAGGCUCUAUAGAUGCUAUCAUUGAACACGGAGUUGGAGAGGUCCCACUUGUAUGGGAAUUGUACAGUUUACUAUUACCGAAAAAUACGUACCCCUAGGUUAUUUCAAAGUCAGAAACUAAACCAACACUUCUGUUUAUUUACCACAAGGAUAAUCCAAAAAAUAAAUAAACCAUGUACCAAAUGACACAACGAAAACAUUGCAAGCAAGUACACUGCAAAUAUAUGCAUGACCAUUGCAACUACUCUAUUAUGGAGUCAUAGUUGUAAUGUAGGGAAAUAGGAUGUACAUAUAUAUUAUAUAUAAAAUAUAAAAUGAACCUUUUUUUCUUGUUUUGUUUUGUAUGUGGAAUAAACUAUAAAGUAGAAAUUAAACUUAUGACAACGCAUGUCCCAUCUGGUGCAGAUUUCAAAGACCAUUUUUUUUGUGUUUGCUUUAAUAAUUUUAAAGCCUGCUUGGAAUUCCUUUGAAAGUGUAAUGUUUAACAAUCGUAAUUUCUUUUAAAAAAACAAACAAAACAAACAAAAACUCCCUCAAUUUCCCCUUUUCUUUCCUCUUCAUCCCCAAAUCCAUUUUCAAAACAAAAAAAAAAUAA